GUGGCGCGGAGGGCGCGCGGGGGCGUGCGCGAGCGCCGCAGCCUGCGACUUUGCGCCGCGCUCAGUCAUUGUCCGACCAAAAACCUGGUCGUACGUCCAACCGCCGAUCGGCCGUCGCUACUUCGUUUGUCGAGUGCCCGUUUUCCGAACGGUUUGCUCCGAUCCCUGGAGUGUGCGUGCAGUGCAGUGAUGGUGUGUUUUUAGCUGUACAGCAAACAGUGUAUCGCUACAAAGUACCACAAUCCGGUGUGUUGCGAGUUCCACGGAGUUGUCUAACGGCUGUUCGCCUGCCGGCGAGGGAAGGCGGAUCGCUUCAACCGGGAGGAAUGAGCCCCGCACACCAUAGUCCCUACACUCACCGAUGAUCUCAAGAGACCAUGUAUAUAGACACCUUACCUCUAGUGGUUUGGACGCUUUUAGUCACAACGACACAUGUAGCGACAGAAGGCCAAUAUGGAAUAGGUUUAGGAAUAAAACGAGAAGUAUUUUUCUUAAAUUUAGAAGACGGCUAUUUUGGCUGUCAAGUAAACGAAUCAACACAAAUAUUACAAUUAUAUGAAUUAUCGAAAUUAUGCGACGGUGUGCCAGACUGCUAUAAAGCUUCCGAUGAACUUAGGUCAGAGCUGAAAUGCACAGACGAUUGUACCAAAGAAGAUGGCGCGCAGUGUAUAAAUGGAGCUUGCCUUAACGGUGUGUGCCAUUGUAAUGACGGUUUCGGAGGAUGCAAUUGCCAAGAAGCUGAUGUAAACGAAUGCAAGGAACGGCCAUGUGAUGUUUUUGCACACUGUACAAAUACUGUGGGUAGUUUCCAAUGUUCCUGUUUCCCAGGCUAUGAAGGCGAUGGUUUUACUUGCAGAGAUAUUAACGAAUGCGAAGACCCAGCAGUGGCAUCACGAUGUGUAGCGAACGCCGAGUGUUGCAAUUUGCCUGCUCAUUUCAUCUGCAAAUGCAAUCGUGGAUUCGAAGGAGACGGCGAGGAAGAAUGCCGAGAUAUCGACGAAUGUCGUCGACCUGGCGCUUGUGGAAUCAACGCUAUCUGCCAAAAUUAUCCGGGAAAUUACACGUGCGCUUGUUUAGCUGGUUACACUGGAAAUCCAUUCGAUGGUUGCGUGGACGUGGAUGAGUGCGCAAGCGGGUCGGCAUGCGGCGCAGGUGCGACGUGCAGAAACGUGGAAGGCGGGUUCGAGUGCAGUUGUCCCCCCGGCAGCGAGGGUGAUCCUCGCGUUGCCUGCCAGGAAUUGGACGCAUGCGCACGCGCCCAGUGCGGUCGCGGAGCUCUAUGCCAGAAUCUACCCGGCGCUUACCGCUGCGUCUGCCCGCCUGGUUUCCAAGGCAACCCAGACGUAGGAUGCACUGACGUGGAUGAAUGUAAGAGUAGCAAGAAGGUGUGCGGCGACCACGCCGUGUGUACCAACACGGUGGGCAGUUACGUGUGCGCGUGCGAACCGGAGUACACUGGCGACGCGCGCGCGCCACAUGGCUGCCAUGACGUCGACGAAUGUGAAGCGCUGGAACGCCCUUGUGGCACGCACGCCGUCUGCGAGAAUGCUGCGCCCGGCUACAACUGCAUCUGUCCUCAAGGAUACAGAGCCAAACCUGACCCACAAGUUGCCUGUGAACAGAUCGACGUCAAUACUCUAUGUAAAUCAAAUUUUGACUGUACAAAUAACGCCGAAUGUAUAGAAGAACAAUGUUUCUGUAAAGAGGGAUUCGAUGCAAAAGGAUCUGUUUGCAUUGAUAUUGAUGAAUGUGCUACAAAAACAUCGACUUGUGGAGAAAAUGCUAUGUGUAUUAAUACGCUCGGGUCUUACGACUGUGAGUGCGCUACGGGAUUCGUAGGGUCACCACCGACUGUAAAAUGUCGCGCUCCGUGCGAUGAUGUGAAAUGCGGAGAUCAUGCCUACUGCAAACCAGAUGGCGCUGAAGCUUACUGCGUAUGUGACGAUGGGUGGACUUUCGACCCCACAGACAUAGCAGCCGGUUGUAUCGAUAUCAAUGAAUGUGACACCUCUGUUGGACCUGUCGGCCGCUGUGGCAUAAAUGCGAGAUGCUCGAAUACAUUGGGUAGCUUCACAUGCCAGUGUCCAGAAGGAUAUACUGGAAAUGCAUAUAAACAGUGCACAGAUAUCGAUGAAUGCCAAACUGACGGAGCAUGUGGUGUUGGCGCAGAAUGUAUUAAUCGAGAUGGUUCAUACAGCUGUGAAUGUGCUGAAGGCACAGUGCCUGAUCCUGAUCCACGAGUACGAUGUGUUGAAAUCCUUUUAUGUAGAAACAAUGAUGAAUGCCCCGGAAAUGCUGUAUGCGAUCAAAACUCGAGAUGUUUGUGUCCAGAUCCUAAUGUUGGCAAUGAAUGCAGGCAUCCUUGCGAAACUUUACAUUGCGGGAGCAACUCUGAAUGCCUACUGACAGACCAAACGGCUCAGUGCACGUGCCGAAGUGGCUUCACUGGAAACCCGUCAUCUUUCGGAGGUUGUCUAGAUAUAAAUGAGUGUCUUUCUAAUCCAUGUGGCACUGGAGCUGUGUGUAAAAACUUACCUGGUAACUUCCAAUGCGAAUGUCCUGGCAGUUUCCACGGGGACCCUUAUAUUGAUGGAUGCCUGCCAGGCAAAAUGCCAAGUGAAUGCAGUGACACUAAUCCUUGUCCUCUCGGUGAACGAUGUAUAUUACACGAUGCAGAAAAUGUCUGCAUUUGCUCUCAAGGGUACAUUCGAAGUAAAGAAACGGGUUUGUGUGAAGACAUCAACGAAUGCACUCAACAUGGACACUCCCCUUGUGGUCUAAAUGCGAUCUGUAAAAACCUACCGGGAAGUUAUGAGUGCAAAUGCCCCUCGGAAUAUAGUGGUAACCCUUAUAACCUAUGUGAAAUGUGCAAUGAUAUUAACUGCCAAUGCCAGCCACCAUACAAAGUUGUAAAUGGUCAUUGCGUUCUAUCAGGGUGCUCAAAAGAUAAAAAAUGCGGGAAGGGUGCCGAGUGCAUAGUUAUUUCGGACGGAGUAAGUUACUGUGCCUGCCCUGCCGGAUUUUCUCAAACUCUCGAUGGUUCAUGCGAAGAUAUAAACGAAUGCACUGCUGGUCAGCCUGUGUGCGGAAUUGGCGCGGAAUGUAUGAAUACAGUGGGUUCUUUUAUUUGCAAAUGUCCACCAGGUUAUGGCCAAGACAUCACUACUGGUCAUUGCAGCAUAAAUCAAAAACGUUGUAUUAGCGAUUCAGAUUGCUUUUCUAAUGAAAAAUGUAUCGAACCUGGGAAGUGUGUUUGCCCACCGCCAUUUUAUCUAGACGUAACUGACGGUCAAAAAUGCAAAAGUCCAUGCGAGAGGUUUACUUGUGGAAUCAAUGCAAAGUGUACGCCCAGUGACCCACCCAGGUGUAUGUGUAUGGCGGGUUUCGAGGGAGAUCCAUAUACAGGUUGCACUAACAGAAAUGAAUGUCAUAGCGCUCCAUGUGCAUAUGGUGCGAUAUGCCACGACAAAAAGGGUGGUUUUCAAUGCGAAUGCCCUCAAAAUAUGAUUGGAGAUCCUUAUAAAACCGGAUGCAGCGUCGAGGAAGAGCCGACACAAAAACAACUUUGUAGCUCAGACAAUGAAUGUCCGAACACGCUAUCAUGCUUGAACCGCACAUGCCUAUCACCAUGCAGCAGUGUUUCUUGUGGACCUAAUGCGUUUUGUGAAGUCGAUAAUCACGCAGCAUGGUGUCGCUGCAAUCCCGGAUACACUAAACCUGAAGGGGGAAAGUGCAUAUCCGGUUGCGAUUCGUUCUCAUGCGCUUCUCGUGCACAAUGUAUUAUAUCAAAGUCAGGGCCAACAUGUGUGUGCCCUGAGGGCAUGGUAGGGAAUCCAUUCCCGGGAGGCUUUUGCAGAAGAGACGUGUGCGGGCCGGGCGCGCCGUGUGAGGAGCCCAUGUCUUGCGUGGCUGGGCGUUGUCGCCAGCGAUGUGAAGGCGUAGUAUGCGGAGUAGGCGCCUCAUGCAAUGAAGAAAGUGGAAAAUGCGUUUGUAAUGAUUUCUUUGUCGGAAACCCUGAUUUGCUAUGCAUGCCACCUAUUUCACCACCAACGUGCAAACCAGGAUGUGGGGAUAAUGCACAUUGCGUUUACGGACUUUCAAACGCUUGUAAAUGUAACAAAGGUUAUACAGGAAAUCCGUAUAUAAAAUGUCUCCCUCGAAGACAAAUAACUUGUGCUAAAGCAUCUUGCGGUCGGAACGCUGUUUGUCAACAAACGCGAUCACAUGUCGAGUGCCUCUGUCCACCAGGUUAUAUUGGCAAUCCAAAUCUACAAUGUAUUGAUAUAGAUGAAUGUAGCUCUAAACCAUGUGCUGAGAAUGCAAUUUGCAUCAAUACCCCAGGGAGUUUCAGUUGUAUUUGCAAAAGCCACUAUGUGGGUAAUCCGUACGAACUUUGUUCACAUGUAUCCAUUUCUAAGUGUACCCAAGGCAACAGCUGCACUUGUACUCACAAUGCUACAUGCCCAGAUGGAUACAUAUGUGAAAGAUCCAGAUGUGUCGAUGCAUGUCGCAAAAUGUCUUGUGGUCCAAAAUCUAUAUGCGAAGAAGGCAUUUGUCAUUGUCUACCCGGAUAUAUAGGAAAUCCCAACAACUUGCAACACGGAUGUGUUCCCGAUAAUAAGUGUAUGACAGAUGGUGAUUGCAAAGACAAUGAAAUAUGCUUCCAGGUAGCAAAAAAAUUAAGAAAAUGCGUGGAUUCUUGCAGUAAGUUACAAUGUGGACCUAAUUCAUUGUGUGUUAGCUCCAAUCAUCAAGCUCAUUGUUUAUGUGCUGAAGGGUACGUGGGCAAAGCAAAUGACGUUAAAUCUGGUUGCUAUUUAGAGCAUAGUGAACCAAAUGUAAUUGAAUGCAAUGGACACAGCGACUGCACAGAGCCGCAACUUUGCAUGCCAGUGGAUGGGUCUACGAAUAGGUGUAUGGAUUUAUGUGCAACUAUAGCUUGCAGCGCUAACGAAGUGUGUAGAGUGAUAGACAAUAGUGCACGCUGUGAUUGCAAAGAUAAUUUCCGUUGGAAUCCUGUAACGUCUAUUUGUGAGCAACCAUCUACUCCAAGCUGUGAAAAAGAUGAUGACUGCGACGACAACAAGUCAUGCCUAAAAGAUGUACUUGGUGUAAGGAAAUGUUCUGACAACUGUUUGGCAUUUAGUUGCCCUCAGAAUUCAAAAUGUAUAACUAGACGCCAUAAAAGUCAAUGCGAGUGUUUAUCAGGUUUUAUAGGAAAUCCCAAUGACCGUGAUGGAUGUUUACCUAUCAAUAAAAACCAAUGCGUCGAUGAUGCACAAUGUCGAGAAAAUGAGAUUUGUAAAUAUGUUGGGUCUAUUAAAAAAUGUACAUCAGCUUGUCAACAAAAAAUUUGCGGUCCGAAUGCUAUCUGCGUUACCAAUAACCAUGUUGCAAAAUGUCAGUGUCCAUCUGGGCCCUUUACCGGCAAUCCCGAUGAUCUAGAAAUAGGAUGUCAAUCAGUCCCAUGCAUAUAUAACACGGAUUGCUUAACCCACGAAUUGUGUAACCGUAUGACACAUACAUGUAUGAAUGCAUGUGCAGAGGAUUCUUGUGGUGAUAAUGCUGUAUGUAUAGCAGAAAAUCAUAAAAUAAGUUGUCAAUGCCCAAGUGGUUAUAAAGCGGAUCCACUACCAGAGGUUAAUUGUAGAAAGAUAGAAGUCUGCAAUCCAAAUCCUUGUCAUCCAACUGCCAUCUGUGAGCCAUAUCUUACAUCGUACACAUGUAAUUGCCCUGUUGGAUUGACAAGUGACAAAACAGGAGUAUGUAGAGUUCAGGAUGCUUGUCCUAAUGGUGAUGAUGACUGUCCGUUAGAAGCAACCUGCGUCGCAGGACGAUGUGCAAAUCCGUGUGACGGAGCAUGUGGUAUGAAUUCUCUGUGUAAAAUUGUAGAUAGAAAAGCUAUAUGUUUAUGUCCCGAAGGUUAUGAAAGCAUCCAAAGCGGUAAUGCUUGCAAGAAAAAGCUGCUAACCUGUGAUAAUGAUGCUCAUUGCCACGGGGAUGUGUGUUAUAAUGGACAGUGUUUAACUGCUUGUAAAAACUCCAGCCAAUGCGAUACAGGAGAUAUAUGCCUAAAGAAUUUUUGCAUGACACAAUGCGCAAAACAUUCUCAAUGUGGCAUUGGACAAGCAUGCGUAGGCGGACAAUGUUUAGUUGGCUGCAGAGUUAAUGACGACUGUGCCAGCGAAGAAUCUUGCAUAAACAAUAAAUGUGUUAACCCAUGUCUUGCAACACGAGUGUGUGGUCCGAAUGCUAUUUGUUCAAGAAUUAAUCACAGUACAAAAUGUGACUGUCCACUCGGAUUUGAAGGAACGCCUUCUCCUCAACAAGGCUGUGUACGAAUACCAAGUGCGUGCAGUAGAACAUCCGAAUGUCCACCAGAUCAUAUGUGUAUUGGAUUUUUGUGCCAAGUGCCUUGUCAAGAUAACUCUGGGUGCGCGAUUGGUGAGAAAUGCAGCGAUAAUAAAUGCCACAAAAUCUGUCACUCCAGUAGCAACUGUUUGCAUGGAGAACAUUGCAGUUCUGGAUUAUGUAUACCCGGCUGCAAAUCAGAUGCAGAUUGCCUUAGUAACCAACGUUGUGAAUCAACAACAUGCCAUUGCUUACCUGGUUUUAAAUUAAAUAUUGACGAAUGUAUAAAUAUCAAUGAAUGUUUAGACAAUCCAUGCCAUCCAUCAGCUCAGUGUGAAGACACAAUAGGAUCUUUCAAAUGUAUUUGCCCAGCUGGAGCAAUCGGUGAUCCUUAUAAAACUGGAUGUCUACUACCAAACCAGUGUAGACGAGAUGAACAAUGUGACAGCUCACUUGCUUGUAUUAGAGGAAAAUGCCAGAAUCCUUGUCAGACUAAAGCAUGCGGGUUAAAUGCAAUAUGUUCAGUACGGAACCAUAGAGUUGCAUGCUCUUGUAGAAAAGGAUAUCUCGGCAAUCCACUAGACAAAAAUAUUGGAUGUUUCAAAGUGGAAUGCGUCGAUAGCUCAGAUUGUUCCAGUGAUAAAUAUUGCAAUAGUAGAAGUAACAAAUGUUCCGAUAAAUGCGAUGAUUCUGCAUGCCAAGGGGGCACGUGUAAAAUUAUAAAUCAUAAAUCAAUGUGCACUUGUCCAAUAGGCUUUCAUUUGAAUGAUAAUGCCUGUGAGGAUAUUAACGAAUGCUUGAACAGUCCUUGUCCCGUAAAUUCCGAUUGCGAAAAUUCACAUGGAUCUUAUGCAUGCAGAUGCAUUAAUGGAACAAUAUUAGACACAAGUAAAGGCAUUUGCAAACUACCUGGCGAUUGUUUUUCAAAUAAUGACUGCUCGGGAAAAACUACGUGUAUUAACAAUCAAUGCGUCAACCUCUGCCAAAAAUCUUCGCCAUGCGGAGAAAAUGCGCAGUGUAUCGUGGAAUCACAUUAUGUUAUUUGUGAGUGCCUGCCUAAUAGCCAAGGGGACCCGUACAAGAAAUGCACUAAAUUCGAAUGCACAAAAGAUACAGAUUGUUCGUCAGAAGAAGCAUGCGUCAACUACAAAUGUGUAAACUCUUGUAGUAUUCCACGAGCUUGCGGCAGAAAUGCUGAUUGUCUCUCUAGAAGCCAUAUUGGACAUUGUUCGUGUUCACCUGGCUAUACUGGGGACCCAGUGCUUGGGUGCGUCCCAAUACAAUACUGCACUGAUGACAGCAGAUGUUCUUCUGGCACUAAAUGUGUCGAUAAUUUGUGUGUCGGUUUAUGUAAAAGCUCAAGGGAAUGUUUAAGUGAUCAAGUUUGUAUUCAAGGAACAUGUCGAUUAACCUGCAACUCUAAUAAUACCUGCCCAGAUUUUCAAUUUUGCUUAAAUCGAGUUUGCACAAAGGAAAUUCAAUGCAUGGCCGACGAUGAUUGUGCUGAAGAUGAAAAAUGUUCUGUAAGCAGAAAUGGAAUUCCGCAAUGUGUAAAAGUAUGUGAUGGACAUCCAUGUGGACGGCAAGCUAACUGUUUAGGUCAAGUUCAUAAGCCCGUUUGCUCAUGCAAAGCUGGGUAUUAUGGAGAUCCGCGGCAAAGUUGUAAAAGAAAACAAUGUGAUGUUAAUAAUGACUGUACGGAUGACAAAUUGUGUGAUAAGAAUAUGUGUAAAAUAGCAUGUCUGAUAAGUAACGACUGCGGAGACAAUUCAAUAUGUUCAUCUGAAAAUCAUAAAGGUGUAUGUUAUUGCCAACCCGGGUACACUGGCGAUCCUUACAGAGCUUGCGUGGAAAUUAAUUGGUGCGAAUCUAAUACUUGUGGGAGUGGAGCUGAAUGCAAGAACACACGAAACAGUGCGCUAUGCACAUGUCCUACCGGAACAGUCGGCAAUGCUUACGAGGAAGGAUGCCGUAAAGCACAAGAAUGCCGAUAUAAUAGAGACUGCCCAGCUGCCGCUCGCUGUACUGUUACUGGUGCUAUAAGCAAGUGUACAGAUGCAUGUGAAAAUGUACAAUGCGGUAAAAAUGCAGAAUGUGUUGCCGUUCGUCAUAUGGGACAAUGUAAAUGUAAAACAGGCUAUGUAGGAAAUCCUAGUUCUCCAAAUGGAUGUAGCCCUCGUGAAAUUACAUGCACAGGGAAAACAGACUGCCCUGAUGACAAGUACUGCCAUAAAGGAAUUUGUAAAGCUCUCUGCCUUUUGGAUGAAGAAUGUGGUUCAUCUGAGAAAUGUAUUACUGGUCAAUGUUUAGAUCCAUGUCAGGUGGAAAAAAGCUGCGGAUUGAAUGCUAUCUGUCGCUCUGAAAAUCACGUGGUGGAAUGUAGCUGUCCACAAGCAUUUACUGGAAAUCAAGAUGUAGAAUGUGUUCGAAUUCCCCGUUUAUGUGGUGGCGCUGGAGAAUGUGAAAAUGGUCACAUGUGUCACGAUUCAAUGUGCGUUCCUCGAUGUAAAGUGGAUGAAGAAUGUGCACUUAAUGAACGGUGUUCUAAAGGAGCUUGUUUAUUAACGUGCAGAGUAGAUAAUGACUGCUUCUUAGGACACAUAUGCUUAGGAAAUACUUGUCAAUACGGAUGCAGGCAAGAUGAAGAUUGUGGUCCUGACGAAUUUUGCAAAAACAAUUUUUGUGAAAAUCCAUGUGCCAGUAACAUAAAUCCAUGCGGACCCAAUGCACUUUGCUCUGCAGUGGACAGGAAAGCACUCUGUUCGUGUCCAGAUGGCCUUAUACCAAACCCGACACCCAAUAUUGGAUGCGUGCGAACGCCCACAUUACAAUGCCGCAUGCAUACAGAUUGUUCUGCUGGUUGGAGGUGCGAAGACGACCGUUGCCGGCCGGCUUGUACGCUUGACGGCGCCGAGUGCCUGCAGGGUGAACGGUGUGACGCCGGGGUAUGCCGUUACGCGUGUACUUCAGACGAGCAAUGCUCUGACGACGAAGUAUGUGAUGGGCGCUUGUGCGUAACAGGGUGUAAAACAGAUUCUCACUGCGCAAACAAUCUUGCGUGCAUAUCAGGACAAUGUAGUGAUCCUUGCACUGAACCAGCUACAUGCGGCUCUAACGCUUUAUGCACAACUAAAGAUCAUCGGCCUGUUUGUAGUUGUCCAUCAGCAUUAGUUGGAGACCCAAGAACGGUUUGUAGGAGAGAAAUGACUCCUUGUGAUCGAAAUAAGAAUUGUGCAGAUGGAUUUAGCUGUUAUGGUGACACUUGUCAUCCAUCUUGUAGAAGUGACGUCAUAUGUUUAUCUAACGAAAAGUGCAUUCGGGGAAUAUGCCGAGUCGUAUGCAAUAGUGACGAAGCUUGUAGCGAUGGGCAAAUUUGUGAAAACAGAAUUUGUAAACAAGGCUGCAGAGAUGAUAACGCUUGCGGUGAAUCGCAAGCAUGUUUCAACGGCCAAUGUAAAGAUCCAUGCAAGGAAAGCGGUUUAUGCGGCAUUUGUUCAGAGUGCAAUGUUUUAAAUCAUCGAGCACAAUGUAGUUGCUCCAGAAAUUUCAGCGGUAAUCCUUUAGUGGAAUGUAAAAGAAAACAAUUGCAGUGUGAUGGAUAUUGUCCAUGUGAUGACAGUGGAUAUUGUAUAUCCCUAUGCGAUGAUAAUUUGGAUUGUUUAUGUGGAGAAAAUUGUGUUGACGGCGGUUGUCGAUCAUUAUGCUCAUCGAAAAACAAAUGUCCUCAAAGACAGAUAUGCGUUAAAGGAGCAUGUAUUCCUGGGUGCAACAAUGACAGAGAUUGCGGAGAUGACAUGUUGUGUUCCGCAAAACUUUGUCAGCCGGCUUGCCAAGAAAAAUCUUGUGGGAAAAAUGCAGGCUGUUUACCGACUCACCAUCGAGCCGUGUGUAAUUGCCCUAGCGGAUUUUCAGGUGAUCCAUUAAGAGAAUGUAAUGCAUACGAAUGUCAGCACGACGAAGAAUGUGGUGCCGAUGAAGUGUGCCUGGAAGAAGGAAAAUGUAGAAAUGUAUGCGUAGGCGCAUGCGGAAUCAAUGCAAUCUGUCGUGCAAUGAACAGAUCACCACAGUGCUCUUGUCCGCCAAAUUAUUUAGGAAACCCUAAAUUUGAAUGUUCUAAGCCAGCAGCCGGUAGCUGUUUGCGCAAUCCUUGCGGAAUAAAUGCUCGUUGCCGGGAUUUCGAAGAAGGUAGUUACGAGUGUACAUGCCCACCAAAUUGCGCUGGUGACCCACAAAAACAGUGCUUCUGUGGUGCUAUGGAGCCUUGCGCUUACAAAGCGUGUGGGACGAAUGCGCAGUGUCGUAUUGGGCAUAAUAAGGAAGCUCAAUGUUACUGCCCACGCAAUUACCCUAAUGGUGACCCAAAUAUAGAAUGUUCUCAAGAGCGUAGUGUGGUUGAUUGUCGCACAACUGGUUGCGGAAUCAACGGAGAAUGUUUGAGAGAGGGAGCAGAGUUUGUUUGCCAUUGUAUUCCUGGCACAGAAGGACAAGCAGAUAUUGAAUGCCAUACUAGUAUCGAAUGUACGAGCGAUAAGGAGUGUCCACUUGACAAGGCCUGCCUAAGCUUGCAUUGCGUGGACCCUUGCACUGUUCGCGGCGCGUGUGGUGAGGAUGCGCUGUGUGAGUCGGUGGCGCACCAGCCGCAAUGUUCGUGCCCACAGUGUUACGUAGGGCAGCCACGGGUGGCCUGUCGGCCUGAUCCAGCCUGCACACCAUCAUCAGAGCCAAACUCUACAUUCACAUGUUCUCCAACUAAGUCUUGCCCGCCUCGAUUGGCAUGCGACUUUGAUGCAGGCCAGUGCCGAAAUCCAUGCCUGAACUACCAAAACUGCCGUAGAAACCAAAAGUGUGAAGUUAGAAAUCACGAACCCGUAUGCGUUUGCCGCAAUGGAUUUGCAUUAAAUGAUAAAGGAGAAUUAACUUGCGCACCAGAAGAUGCAGAAUGUACACGGGACGAACAAUGUCCUUCUAAUGCGGCAUGUCGGAAUUCCAAGUGUGUGAAUCCCUGCUUGGCGUCAAAGGAACCCAUGUGUCCAAAGGGAAAACAAUGCGAAGUUGUGGAGCACAACGCUAUCUGCGUGUGUAUCGAAGACUGUCACACCGCAGUAUCAAUAUGUUUACGAGACAAUGGGUGUCCGCAAAACUUGGCGUGCAGAGACUUCGAAUGCAGAGACCCUUGUAAAGGCGCUUGCGGUGGUGCUCCAUGUUCAGUAGAAGACCACCAUCCAGUUUGCAAGUUCUGUCCUAAAGGAUUCACACACGAUCAAAAUCAUGGCUGCAUUAAAGCGUUAGAAUGCACUUCGGAUGAACAAUGCGCGCCGAAUCUGGCGUGUGCAGGUGGGCGCUGUGCCAACCCGUGCGAGCGUGGCGGUCCUUGUGCCUCUGGACAACACUGCGCUGUUUCCAACCAUCAACCCGUCUGCUCUAGAGGGCCUGUUACAAAUUGUGCACACUGUCGUCCAGGAGUACCUUGCGACCCAUUUUCAGGGGCUUGUAUGGAAAAUGUUCCGCCUAAAAAUGACCCACUAACUGAAACAUACCUUGAUACAACCACGGAAACCAUAAAUCUGGAAACAGAAGGCGAAACUGAUGUAACUGACACGACAAAAAUGUCUCCCGACUAUUUGAAUUUUACUGACACAACUACUGUAUUGAACUUUAACUCAAUUGACGUUACAUCCACAACCUACUAUCCAGAUGAAAUGGAUAUUACAACAACUAUCGAUUCAAACAUACCUACCGUAGAAUACCGAGAGUCUAGUGUCAAAAUUGAAUCAUACACAGAAACCCCCACUGUUAAAACUACCGUUAGUUCAUUAGAACCGAUGACGGGCAGCGUAGAGACAACAUUUUUUACGAACACAAAUGAUAUUAAAACUACAAGUGGUAUGCAGAUCACUGAAACUAAAUCGACGGGAACUUAUCCUACCCCUGAACGUUCUGGAUAUUCUUCGUCAACAGAGUUUGUAACUACGGAUAAUAAUAUAUAUUUAACAACUCGUCAACAAGAUGACAGUGUAACAGAAAUGACUGCCCUUUUUACCGAAACUAUAAGCAAUUAUUCAUAUACUCUAGAUUCUGAUCAGCUAGUAGAUAGUAGUAGUACUGUCCAUUUUGAAAGCACGGUGAAGCCAUUAACAGUCAACUAUACAACAAAAAGUUCAACAGCAACGCCCAACGAAAGUAAAAAUACAAAAACACCAGAUAAUCAAAGACAAUUAGGAAGCAAUUUCACUGACACCGCAAAUAGUAUGUAUAAUGUAACAAUCAAACAUAGGGACAUGCCGGAGUCCCCUGUUACGGUUUUAGAUCAUACUUCAACUAUCACAAGUAUAGCAAGUGAAACUGAUGGGAAAACAGACAAUGUUCCUACAGAAAAUACAAACGCAUUUGUCAUUAAUCAAGACGAAGACAACACCUUAAAUAGUCUGAGUACAUAUUCUACAGCUACUACAACAAUUUCAGGGGUUACUAAUAAAGAAUCGUCUACUUCAAGUGAAGACGAGAAAGAAAUAUUUGAUUUGACAAGUAAAACCGAGAUAACUACGGAUUUAGCUAUUGAAACACAGUAUACAGAAAUAUCCCUAGAAGACAAAACGACUGAAGUUACUGAAAAUACAGUAAACCCUUUGACUGUCUCUAGUGAAAUUCCAUACGCGCAGAAAAUAGAAAUCACUUCACUUACCACCGAGUCUUAUAAACAUUUAAGUACUGAAGUCCAAUCUCCACAAGUAAUUGAUCCAGACACAGAAGAAAAUACUGCAAGACCACUCAGUAAAAGUGUUAAUGAAACCAAAAAAGCAGAUGUUUUACCUAAAGUCACCACCAACACAGUUAUUGAUGAAAAUAUGCAACAUUCGACAGUUGAAUCUGGUUUUCCAACAGUUACUGACACAUCAUCUUCUUUAUUUUCAUCCGGGUCGAUUGCAUCGCAGGCUACCAACGCAGAAAUCGAUUCUGUAACAGAGUCUUAUUCAGUCCUACUAGGUAACAUUUUAACAAGCACCGGUACAAGUGAAUUUAGUGAUACACAUACUAUGACACCUAAUGAUCUAUCAACUACAGUGGCAUAUAAAUUGUAUGAUACAACCGUGGACCAACAAACUACCAGUCAAACUUUGCACACACAAUCUUUGGCAAGAAAUUCAGAAACAUCCGAUAUAAGUGAAACUACAACACUUCACUCAUUAAGCACUAUUGAAUCGAAUACUGAAUUUGACUCGAUAAAACGUUCAACUAAUUCAGAGGAUUAUGUUGAAAAUAAAACCACAGAUUUUUCUUCCGUAAUCACCAAUAUGGCUAAUGAAGACGUGCAACAUUCAACUGAAAAAGGAACAGUUAAGUCAGUUAUUGAAACAUCCACAACUAUAAAAACUGCAUUAUUUAAAUCACCUGAUUUAUUUGAAUCGUCAACUACAAAUACAGACGCCAAAAUAACUGAACUUACUCACUCAAUAGAUGCUGAUAACUUCACAAUAAUUGGAUAUAACUCUGUAACGGAGCCAUUAACAAAGCCGACAGAUGAAAUUCCUUAUAGCACCGAAACAAAUGAAUUUAGCGAAACUGCAAAGGAACCAAAUGAUGUGACCACAACAGUGGACAAACAAACAACCAGUAAAAAAACACAAUCUUUGUCAACAGAUUCAAAACCGUUUGAUACAACGGAAACUACAACAAGUCAAUCAUUAAGCACUAUCGACUUGCAUAGCGAAUUGGAUUCGACUAAACAUUCAACUUAUUUAGAUGACUUCUAUAUUAGUAAAACCACUAAAUCUAGUCUUGCAGAAGCAGAUUUUACGAUAACUGCUGAAGACAAUGAAUCGCGUGCAACUUUAAUAGAUACAACAACAUAUUUGCCCGAUACACAACCUACAUAUAGCUCUCAGUCGUCUAAAUCUCAUUAUGAUUUUACAUCCACUGAAACAUCGACGAAUUCAGAAGCGUUAGACACAAGUAAGACUACAACAUAUACAUUUACGGAACAAGCGAUAAUUAAAUCAUCAGACAUAUCUGAUACUAAAACAACAGAUCAAUUAACAUUUUCUACAACAGCCGGUAUGGAGGAAACGACUAGUAUUUCGACAGACUUUAAUAGUAUUAGGGACAAUUCAGAUAAAAAUUCAGUCAAUACGGAAGCGUACUCAGAUAUCUCACAUAUAGGUAAAACUACCGCAAUUGAUUAUACAACCAAAAGUGAACAUUCAACGCCGGAAAACAAUUUGUACACGCCUAUGGGACGAACAGAUGAAAUUUCCCAUAUAACUUCUUUGAACGAUAUCACUGAAUCUCUUUCAAUCAAAACAGUCACAGAAGAACUUACCAUAUCAACUAUUUCUAUGGAACCGAAUGGUGAAAGCACAACAAAAUCAUAUUCGACCGAUACAUAUCCUACGCGAUUAAUUACACCAAAAGUAACAAAUAGCUUACCACAAUCAACCAUCCCUUAUGCACUCAAAACGAAUCCUACUCAAAGCACUGUGGAAGAUCUUGAAGAUGUUUCCUAUACUGAUAAAACAUCAAGCAGUUUAACUAUUGACGAUAAGCAAUCUAUAACCACUUCUCUUGCGCAUGACUACACAACGGAAUUACCAAAAAAAAGCGUUAUACAUGAAACCUAUACAGAAAGUAUAUUAUAUAGUGAUUCAGACACAGAAACUUUAACAGAAACCAAUACCGUUACGACGCACGGCGGUAUAACGAAUAAGAACAUAAUAGUUAAUAUAUCAACUGAAAAUUAUUUUACGGAUUAUACUACUACCAGCGAUGACGUGAGGACAAAUGUCUAUAACUUGUCAACCUCUGAUGGUAAUUCCAAAUUAUCGACAACAAAUACUAUACCAAUUCACGAAAUUAAUAAGGAGUACACAAAACCUUGGCAACUAGAUACUACAGAUACCUAUGACUUGCCAGAGACAACGACGGUACUGAAUAAAGAUACAAAAAUAGAGGAAGAACAUAUAACCAGUUAUGACCAACUCAUAACAAAUAUGAAUAAUUCUGCAACAUUAGAUAAUGUCACUAAUUUGUCGACGACAACUGUAAUCUCGACAAAUACGGAUCACGCUAAGCCUUGGGAAGAAAGUACACAAAAAACCUACAACUGGUACGAGACAACGACAAUCUUAAAUACAACUUUCAAAACUGAGACAAUACCCACAACGGGUAAUACGUUUUCCGAGGGCAUAACUGAUGAAUAUGUGCUUGAUGACAUGUCGACCGAGAAUUCUUAUGGAGUUCACACCUCCUCCAACGAUGAUGAUUAUAUCACAAAUAAUGAUAAUAAUAGUGAUUUUUCUACUGAAAAUACUACCCCAAUUUACGCAAAUAAUACAACACAACCGGACUACAAAAUAACCGACACAACUCCGGGUCCAUUAACUGCAAUAAAAAUUGAGCUAACAACUGAAACUAAUACAGCGACUGAACUAACGGGUAAUACAUAUACAAGUCCCUCACACUCAACAACUCCCAACGCUAAUCUAUCAUCACGUAGAAAAGAUGUAGACAUACUAGCUUGGACUGACUCGACUCUAUAUACUGACAUGACUUCUACGGAAACAGCGUAUCCGAGUAAUGACUCUGACAACCUACCUAGCUGUAAAGUGAACUCGAACUGCUCCACGGACAAAACCUGCAUAAACGGACUGUGCCAGAACCCAUGUGCGAUGCAGAGAUUGUGUAUAAUGAACACGCCAUGUAUCGUUGUCGACCAUGUACCCCUGUGCAUGUGCGAUGAGAUCACUGGGAACAACUGCGUAAGAGCAUCACCUGGGACACCUAAGGCACCAGAGCCAUGUCAAUCUGACCGAGACUGUAUACAGACAGAAGCCUGCUUUAUGGGACUGUGCCAAAACCCCUGUGGUUUUAACAAUGUUUGCGGUAUCGGAGCCAAUUGUCACCCUAUCAAGCAAAGACCGAUGUGUUCAUGUCCCGCUGGACAAGACGGAGAUCCUGCUGUUAAAUGUUCACCUAAAAUAACCGGUUGCACUAGAAACGAAGAUUGUCUCAUUACCGAGGCUUGUAUAAAUAAUGCAUGUCAGCUCCCAUGUGCCAUACACAACCCAUGCGUCCCCAAUGCGGCCUGUAUAAAUACGAAUCAUGGCUCCGACUGCAGUUGCAUUCAAGGUUUUCAAGGAAACGGAUAUGUUGGAUGUGUGCCAGUUAUUGACUCAUCGUCAGUAUGUCAGUAUAAUGAAGACUGUCCACCACAUCUGCUGUGCGAUAGAUUAAAUAGAGUCUGCAUUAACCCCUGCUCCGCAAACAAAUGCGGUGAUAACGCCGAAUGCGUCCCUUCGAAUCAUGGUAUUCAAUGCCAGUGUCUUGAAGGAUACACGGGUAACGCUUAUUUGGAAUGUUAUCAAGUACAAGGAUGUAGAUCCGAUAAUGAAUGUGCAAAUUCCGAGGCUUGCAUAAACGGUAAAUGUGAUUCGCCUUGUAGAUGUGGCAUUAAUGCUAUUUGCGAUGUUGUAAACCACCGUGCAUCUUGCAAAUGUCUACCAGGAUACAAUGGAAAUCCCAUGCUAGGAUGUGAUCCUCCAGUAAACCCAUGUAUCCCAAAUCCAUGUGGAAUUAAUGCAUUGUGUGAGAUCGACAAUGGAAAUCCCAUAUGCUACUGUCCUAAAGGAUCGACUGGCAACCCGUUCAAGAAUUGUAUACCAGAAGGCAAUGAAUGUGAGCCCAAUCCCUGUGGGCCAAACUCAGGCUGUCGGUUAAUAGAUAACAAACCAGCUUGUUUCUGUCUUCCAAAUUAUGAAGGAAAUCCCCCUAGACAAACAUGUAGACUACCAAGUAAUCCCUGCAAUCCUUCACCUUGUGGGCCGAAUACACAAUGUACCGUAUUAUCGAAUGGCUUUGCAAAAUGCACUUGCCUACAAGGUUUUGUUGAAAGCCCCAAUACAGUAAGAGGAUGUAUAGAGGCUCGUAAUCCUUGCGAUCCAAACACAUGCGGAUCAGGAGCGCGUUGUGAUCCUAACCGGGCCCCUGCAUGUUACUGCCCUGAAAGUACUAUUGGCAACCCCUACAAAUCUUGUAAUCCUCAAGGAUAUUUGCCACCUGAUAACACUUUAUGCAAUCCAAGCCCUUGUGGUGCGAAUGCUGAUUGUUACGUAAGCAGCAACAGAGAAAUGUGUUUCUGUAAAUCUGGUUACAGUGGAGAUCCAUAUGUUGGUUGCCAAGCUCAACGUAACCCCUGCACACCAAAUCCAUGUGGACCGCAAGCUAUUUGUAAUGUUAACUAUGAUGGUCAAGCUUCUUGUACUUGUGCAGGUGGUAGUACUGGCAAUCCAUACGGUGUUGAAGGCUGUCUUUCUCGAGAAUGCGAAGUAGAUGAUGAGUGCUCCGCUAAUAGAGCUUGCAUUGGAUAUACGUGUAGAGACCCUUGUCCAGGUGCUUGCGGUUUAAAUACUAUAUGCCAUGUUGAAUCCCAUCGUCCAGUGUGCGUAUGUGAAGAUGGACUAAUAGGGAAUCCUUUACUCUGCUGUAUACCUCCAGAAUCUCACAAGGCAAUAUCACCAUGUAACAAGGUGCAGUGCGGCGUUAAUGCAAUUUGCCAGGAUAUUGGAGCUGAAGCUCAGUGCUAUUGCCCAACGGAUUUCAUCGGGGACCCAUAUGUUGAAUGCAAACUAGAAUGUACAAUGAAUUCAGAUUGCCCAUCGAAUGAAGCGUGUGUCAAUAAUAAGUGUGUUGAUCCUUGUUUAACUAAAAAUGUAUGUGGUCUUAAUGCAGUUUGUCUCUGCUCCGAUCACACUGUAUCAUGUUUAUGUCCAGAUGGUUAUAUAGGAGAUCCGUUGGUUCAAUGUACCUAUCGUCCCAUUAUUGUUCCGUCUGAUAACACUACUGCACAGCCAUGUACUCCAAACCCUUGUGAUUCGAACGUUCUAUGUGAUACGUAUGGGAAUCAAUUUGCAAUUUGUGAUAUUUGCUUGGGACCAGACGCUAUCAGUAAUCCAUCAUGCAGGCCAGAAUGUGUCCUUAACUCAGAUUGUGCAUUUGAUAAAGCAUGCUUAAAGAAUAAGUGUGUAGAUCCAUGUCCUGGUUCGUGUGGUAUGAACACCGAUUGUACUGUUUAUCGUCAUGAUCCGAUAUGCCGAUGUAUUAAGGACUUUGAAGGAAAUCCUUAUGAAUAUUGCAAACCCACAACUAGACCUAUUGAAGCAACAACUUGUGACAACAUUCAAUGUGGAGCUAACGCUAUUUGUCUGGAUUCCUAUGGAGUACUGAGUUGCCAAUGCCUACCAAAUUUCUAUGGCAAUCCUCAGUUGUCAUGUCGUCCUGAAUGUGUUGUUAACAGCGACUGCGCUACUAAUCUAGCAUGUCUUAACAAUAAAUGUGAAAAUCCAUGCAAGGAUGUUUGCGGUAUAAGAGCCCAAUGUGAAACUGUUAACCAUCACGCAAUAUGCUACUGCUCACCUGGUGAGACGGGUGAUCCUUAUAUAAGAUGUCAGCCUGUUAUUGAAUUUCCGCCGUCGCACCACGUGUGCGACCCUUCGCCUUGUGGACCAUACAGUCGUUGUCUUGUCUCACCAACCGGAUUCCCAGUUUGCUCGUGUUUGCCGGGCUACAGAGGAGUCGCACCGAUGUGUCAGCCAGAAUGCGUCAGUAACUCAGAUUGUCAACAAACAGAGACAUGUGUCAAUCAGAAAUGCGUCAACCCAUGCCAGGGUAGCUGCGGCGUUAACGCAGAUUGUAUAGUUGUAAAUCAUAAUCCUAUAUGUGCUUGUGGACGUGAUAAGACUGGGGAUCCUUUUGUUGCUUGUGGAGAGAUAGAACCUAAAGAGAUUGUAACUAAAAAUCCUUGUGUGCCUUCUCCUUGCGGCCCUAAUUCCAUAUGUGAAAUUAAAUCGAAUCAUCCUGUCUGCUCAUGUAGCUCGAACUAUAUCGGAACUCCUCCAUUCUGUAGACCGGAAUGUGUAAUAAGCCAAGAAUGCCCCUCUAAUCAAGCAUGCAUAAACGAGAAAUGCGCGGAUCCAUGUGUUGGCGCUUGUGGAAAUAAUGCCAAGUGCGACGUCGUUAACCAUACGCCUCUGUGUAGUUGUCUCGAGGGCUACAGAGGAGACGCGUUUAUUGGAUGUGUUAUAAUAGUUAAAGAACCACCGACACCUUGUAAUCCUUCACCUUGUGGAGAAAAUACUAUAUGCACAGUAGUGAAUGACGUAGCUCGAUGCUCAUGUAUACCACCAAAUAUCGGAAACCCUUACGCAGGUGGUUGUCGACCAGAGUGUACUAUGAACCCAGAUUGUCCCAAUAACUUAGCCUGUUUAUCUAAUCACUGUCGGGAUCCUUGCAAAGACUUAUGUGGAUUAAAUGCUGAAUGCAGUGUCACCAACCAUGUGCCGGUUUGCACUUGUUUCAAAAACUAUGAGGGCGAUCCAUUCUCAUCGUGUCGACCAGUUACUGUAACUCAUCCUCCAUUAAAUCCUUGCGAACCAUCGCCAUGCGGUCCUAACAGUGAAUGCCAAGUGGUGAACCAGCGAGCGGCGUGUUCAUGUCGUGCAGGUUAUCUGGGAUCGCCUCCUGCUUGUCGCCCGGAAUGCUCUGUCAACUCAGACUGCCCAUCUACAAGAGCCUGCAUAAAUCGAAAAUGCAAAGAUCCUUGCAUACACAGCUGUGGUCUUGAUGCCCGCUGUCAUGUAGUUGGGCACAAUCCGAUCUGCACAUGCCCAGAGAACCUGCCGGAAGGCGAUCCGUUCAUUAAAUGUUACUGGAAGAGUAAGCAGUCGCCAUCUCCUCAUCCAGAUCCAUGUUUACCUUCGCCAUGUGGGCCUCAUUCUACGUGUGACAGUGAAAGCGGUCGCGCUGUGUGCGCCUGCGAACCUGGCACCUUAGGCGCGCCACCUUCGUGUCGCCCUCAAUGCGUCAUCAAUCAAGACUGUCCUCUAGCUCUAGCCUGCCUCGCCGGAACUUGUGUCAAUCCAUGCGUUGGCUCUUGCGGAUUCAACGCGCGGUGUACUGUGCAAAAUCAUCAACCUAUUUGUUCCUGCGAUGAUGGAUAUUCCGGUGAUCCAUUUGCUGGCUGCAGUUUCAUUGAAGUUGCAAAAGAGAUACCAAGUCAUCCUUGCAACCCAUCGCCAUGUGGACCCAACGCCAUUUGUCGAGAAAGAAGUGGCGCUGGUUCUUGCACUUGUAUAGAUGAAUUUUACGGAGAUCCAUACCUCGGUUGUCGCCCUGAAUGCGUAAUGAAUACUGAUUGCGCAAGAGACAAAGCCUGCUUUAACAAUAAAUGUGUGGAUCCAUGCCCUGGUACUUGUGGGCAAAACGCUGAAUGUAGAGUGACCAACCACGCGCCUUCAUGUUACUGCUUGACUGGAUAUAUUGGAAACCCUCUUCAUGCAUGUUCUCCUAUUACGAUUUUGCCGGAACCUGUGGAUCCUUGCCACCCUUCACCUUGUGGCCCUUAUAGUACAUGCCGUACAUUUAACGGGCAUGCUGUUUGUACAUGCCUAGAAAAAUGUAUUGGUUCUCCACCAAAUUGUCGGCCUGAAUGUAUUGCCACAUCCGAUUGUCGACCAAACAAAGCGUGUAUCAAUCAAAAAUGCCAAGACCCGUGCCCCGGUAUGUGUGGUAUUAAUGCGCAAUGUCAAGUGGUCAAUCAUAAUCCGAUAUGUAGUUGUUUGAGUGGUUUUACUGGAGAUCCAUUUUCAAGAUGCUACAUUGACGAAAGGCCACCUGCGCCUUCGAUAGAUGUUUGUAUACCAAACCCAUGCGGUCCGCAUUCUCAGUGUAAGGAGAUAAAUGGUGUACCUGUAUGCUCGUGUUUGAAUAACUACGUGGGUCGUCCUCCUAACUGUAGACCAGAGUGUGUUAUUGAUGUUGAAUGUCCUGGAAACCUAGCUUGCCUUGCCGAAAAAUGUAGAGAUCCAUGUCCGGGUUCGUGCGGAGUGCAUGCUACUUGCACUGUUGUUAAGCACGUACCGGUAUGUUCUUGUGAACAAGGAUAUACGGGAGAUCCAUUUUCAGGAUGCUCAUUCAUACCUAAUAUUGAGCCCCAGGUUCAAGAAAGCCCAUGUUAUCGUUCUCCAUGCGGAGCAAACGCUAUCUGUAAAGAAAGAAAUGGUAUUGGAUCCUGCUCAUGCCUUCCAGAAUAUUAUGGAGACCCAUACGUUGAAUGUAGACCGGAAUGUGUAUUAAACUCAGAUUGUCCUAAAGAUAAAGCUUGCUUCAAUAACAAGUGUAAAGAUCCAUGCCCAGGAGUAUGUGGUAUGAACGCUGAAUGCCGUGUGCACAAUCACGCUCCUUCUUGUGCUUGUUUACCAGGAUACGAAGGGAAUCCGUUUUCAUCGUGUUAUAUUGGAAAGAUUGACCCAAUUGACCCUUGUGUACCUUCUCCAUGCGGGCCUUACAGUAUAUGCCGUGUAAACGCUGGUCAUGCAAUAUGUUCAUGUCAAGAGCAGUACUUUGGGUCCCCACCUUCUUGUCGUCCCGAAUGCAUGGUCAGCAGUGAGUGUAUGCCUAAUAAGGCAUGUAAAAAUCAGAGAUGUGCAGAUCCAUGCAUUGGAGCAUGUGGCAAUAAUGCGAAAUGCACUGUUGUAAAUCACAACGCAUUAUGUAGCUGUCCAACAAAUUAUAUCGGGGACCCAUUUGUACAGUGCACUGAAGCACCAAUAUCACAACCAAGACCGCUGGGAAAUCCCUGUGUGCCUUCUCCUUGCGGACCGAAUUCCCAGUGUCGUGUGAUAGGAGAAACGCCUGCGUGUUCUUGUCUGCAAGGAUACAUCGGUAGAGCACCUAAUUGCCGACCUGAAUGUAUAUACGAUGAAGAGUGUCCUAGUAACCUCGCGUGUGUUCGGGAAAAAUGUAUCAAUCCAUGUGCGGGCUCUUGUGGCACGAAUGCAGAAUGUGUUGUAAUAAACCACAAGGCUGUUUGCCAUUGUUGGGAGGGUUACACUGGUGAUCCUUAUGGUGGUUGCCACUUUUUCGUUAUUGUGGCCAGCGAAGAGGAAACAAACCCAUGUUCUCAGUCGCCCUGCGGCCCUAAUGCUGUGUGUACAGAAAGAAAUUCUGCUGGAGCAUGUACAUGUUCUCCUGGGUAUUUCGGAGAUCCAUAUCUCGGGUGUCGACCAGAAUGUGUGACAAAUAAUGAUUGUCCAUGGGAUAAGGCCUGUUCGAAUAAUAAAUGUACGGAUCCAUGCCAAGGAGCCUGUGGCAUUAAUGCGCAAUGUACAGUUGCCCAUCAUAAUCCCGUAUGUUUAUGCCUAGAGGGUUAUGAAGGCAAUCCCGUUGUUUCCUGUCAUCCUCGACUAAUACCGACAACUUCCGAUUUAAAUCCAUGCAUGCCUUCCCCUUGUGGAGCAUACAGCCACUGCAAGGUGGUCGAUGGUCAUGGCGUGUGUUCAUGUCAAGAGGGCUAUGUUGGGUCGCCGCCCACAUGCAGGCCAGAAUGCGUAUCUAGUACAGAUUGUCCUCAGCAUCAAGCAUGCAUUCAACAGAAGUGUAAAGAUCCAUGUCCAGGAACUUGUGGCAUAAACGCUAGAUGUCAAGUUAUUAAUCAUAAUCCUAUUUGCACGUGUAAAGCUGGAUACACUGGUGAUCCAUUCACCUCUUGCCAGUUAGAACCAAAACCUAUGUUUGAGGGGCCUAAAGGAAAUCCAUGCGUACCAUCACCGUGUGGUCCUUAUUCUCAAUGUAAAGUAGUGGGAGAAGCGCCUGCAUGUUCAUGCUUACCAAACUAUAUUGGUAUUGCACCUAAUUGUAGACCGGAAUGUUCUAUCAAUGCGGAAUGCCCUGGUAAUCUUGCAUGCCAAAACGAGCGGUGUAUAGAUCCUUGUCCGGGCUCAUGUGGUUUGAACGCGGACUGUUCCGUAGCCAAUCAUGUAGCAUUAUGUAAUUGUAUAUCAGGUUACACAGGUGAUCCUUUCAGUGGAUGUUCUCGAGUUGAGUAUCCACCUGAACCUUUGCCAAAUCCCUGCAAUCCUUCACCAUGUGGGGCGAAUGCAUUAUGUAAAGAACGGAAUGGAGUUGGAUCUUGUUCUUGCUUGCCAGAAUAUUUCGGAGAUCCGUACACUGGUUGUCGGCCAGAAUGCGUUUCUAAUUCCGAUUGUGAUCGGAACAAAGCUUGCUCAAACAACAGAUGUAAAGAUCCAUGCCCAGGAGCAUGUGGAGUAAACGCUGAAUGUAGAACAGUCAACCAUUCACCUACCUGUACGUGCAUGUCUGGAUAUACCGGAAAUCCGCUUGUUCAAUGUGUUAUAAAAGAACUUGCUCCUGGACGAGAUGAUCACGUAAAACCAUGCCAGCCAUCUCCUUGCGGUCCUAACAGUUUAUGCCGAGAAGUAAACGGUCAUAGCGUAUGCACAUGUGAGAAGGGGUACAUCGGCACACCUCCUACCUGCCGCCCUGAAUGUAUUGUGAGCUCCGAAUGCUCACAAGAUAAGGCAUGUGUCAACAAAAAAUGUAUUGAUCCAUGUCCGAAUGCUUGUGGAUAUAAUGCACGUUGCCAAGUGGUUACACAUAAUCCUAUAUGCAGUUGUACACCUGGAUAUACUGGCGAUCCGUUUGCCAAAUGCGAGUUGGAAGAAAAGAAACCACCUUCAAAUCCAUGUGAACCAACUCCGUGUGGACCAAACUCCGAGUGCCGCAUAAUUGGAGAUCAAGCUGCAUGCUCAUGUAUGCCAAAUUACAUAGGAAGAGUGCCUAAUUGUCGUCCGGAAUGUACUAUUGACGCUGAAUGUCCUAGCAAUACAGCCUGUGUUAAUGAACGCUGUAAAGACCCUUGCCAAGGUGCAUGCGGUCAGAAUGCCCUCUGUUUGACUGUUAAUCAUAGACCUAUAUGUAGUUGUCAACAAGGUUUUACAGGAGAUGCGUCAAGAAAUUGCAUACAAGUUGUGAUAUCAUCUACUGAGAUGACUCCAACAUCGAGUCCAUGCACGCCAUCACCUUGCGGACCAAAUGCGGAAUGUCGGGAACACAACGGGGCUGGUGCUUGCGUUUGCUCGUCAGGGUACGACGGAGAUCCAUAUAGCCCGAACGGCUGCCGCAGGGAAUGUGAGAUCAAUGAUGACUGUGCGCCACAGCUGGCGUGUACACGGUUUAAGUGCAUAGACCCUUGUCCUGGAACUUGCGGCCAAAUGGCUCAGUGCUUAGUCGAAAACCACGUUCCAAUCUGUACUUGUCCAAAAGGCUUCUCUGGUGAUCCGUUUUACCAGUGCAAAGAGUUGACAUAUACUCCCCCUCCAACUCAAAACCCAUGCGAGCCCUCACCUUGUGGACCUAACAGCCAAUGUAGACAAGUCAAUAUGCAAGCGGUAUGUUCAUGUCUUCCAAGCUACGUGGGAUCACCCCCGUCAUGCAAACCGGAGUGUGUUGUGAAUAGUGAAUGUGAUACCUCUAAAGCUUGCAUCAACCAGAAAUGUGAUGACCCUUGUCCUAAUACUUGCGGAUUAAGAGCCCAUUGUCAAGUUAAAAAUCACAAUCCUAUUUGCACGUGUCCAGCAGGAAUGACUGGGGAUCCAUUUACACAAUGUUAUCAAAUCGUUUCGACCACCGAACGGCCACCAUCUUGUACCCCUUCACCUUGUGGUCCUCAUUCCCGCUGCCAAUUGUUGGCUAGUGGACCAGCCUGUUCGUGCUUACCCGGAUAUGUUGGAUCACCACCGAAUUGCCGCCCAGAAUGUACAAUAAAUUCUGAAUGUCCGGCCGAGCUAGCUUGCGUGCGACAAAAAUGUGAAGACCCAUGUCCUGGAUCCUGCGGAGUAGAUGCAAACUGCCAUGUUCUAAAUCAUGUAGCGGUGUGCGUCUGCAAUGAUAGAUUUACAGGCGAUCCUUUCUCAAGAUGUUUGCCAAUUCUCGAAGAACCUACGACCCCUACACCAUUAGACCCAUGUAUCCCUUCGCCUUGUGGUCCAAAUGCUCAAUGUAAUAAUGGAUUUUGCACGUGUUUACCAGAAUACAGUGGCAAUCCUUACGAAUCAUGCAGACCAGAAUGUACUGGUAGUCAAGAAUGUCCAAGAGAUAAAGCCUGCUUCAGAAAUAAAUGUCGAGAUCCAUGCCCAGGAGUGUGUGGUCAAAAUGCGAAAUGUGACGUUAUUAAUCAUAUUCCGUCUUGCUCUUGCAUGGCUGACUUCACCGGUAAUCCAUUUACACACUGUCGCCCAGUUGAAAUUAUUACAGAUAAAAAAGAUCCGUGUCAUCCUUCCCCAUGUGGACCAAACAGCAUUUGUCGAAAUGUUGAUAAUACAGCUGUUUGCGCGUGUAUUGAAGGAUUCCAAGGAUCCCCGCCAUCAUGCCGACCGGAAUGCAUUAUAAGCUCAGAGUGCGCUUCUACUAAGGCAUGCGUCAAUCAAAAAUGCAUAAAUCCUUGUAUUAAUUCUUGUGGCCAUGCUGCUAGGUGUGAGGUGAUAAAUCACAGCCCAAUAUGCAGUUGUAAUCCUGGUCAAACUGGGGACCCAUUUAAGGGCUGCUACGAAAUUAUAAUUCCACCGUCUGACCAAAUUGAUGUAUGCCACCCUUCACCGUGUGGACCAAAUGCUUUAUGUAUGGACAGAGAUGGAAAACCUAACUGUAAAUGCAUUGAUAACUAUAUCGGACAGCCACCAAAUUGCAGGCCAGAAUGUGUUAUUAAUCCGGACUGUCCUUCGAAUCAAGCGUGUGUUCGUAACAAGUGUAUAGAUCCAUGCCCAGGCUCCUGUGGAGUAAAUGCUGAAUGUAAUGUUGUGAGCCACACUGUUUCAUGCAGUUGUAAGGAGAAAUUUACUGGCAACCCCUUCCUACAAUGUUUCCCCGAAAAAGAAACUGAACGUCGGCCGUGCGAUCCAUCGCCAUGCGGAGCUAAUGCGGUAUGCACUCAGCGUGAUGGCGCUGGAGCUUGCUCAUGCUUAGAAGGUUAUUUUGGCAAUCCAUACGAAGGAUGUCGUCCAGAAUGCGUUCUGAGUUCAGAUUGUUCAGCGGAUAAGGCGUGUAUUCGAAACAAAUGUGCAGAUCCUUGUCCCGGAAUUUGUGGUUCUAACGCCGAAUGCAGUGUCAUAAACCACGUUCCAUCUUGUGCGUGUGUUAAGGGCUAUACCGGGAAUCCGUUUGAACAGUGUGCGAAGACUGAAGAAGGCCCAAUUAGACCAUGCCAACCAUCACCAUGCGGUCCCAACAGUAUUUGUAGAGAAAACGGUGGUCUAGCUUCUUGCGAAUGUCUUCCUGAUUACAGGGGUGCACCACCAGAUUGUCGGCCUGAAUGUACAGUAAGCAAUGAAUGUCCAUCAGAUCGUGCAUGUCAUAAGUUAAAAUGUGCCGAUCCAUGCCGAGGCACUUGCGGUCUAGGUGCACACUGUCAAGUCAUCAAUCACAGUCCUUUAUGCAGCUGUCCAGCGGGAACUACAGGAGAUGCAUUCAUUAGAUGUGUAGAACCCAUUGAAGACCAACCACCCCCACCAACACAGCCGUGUUAUCCAAAUCCGUGUGGACCUUAUAGUGAAUGCCGUGUACUUAAUGGUAAUCCAUCCUGCUCCUGCUUGCAAGGAUAUAUAGGCGGACCACCUAACUGCCGACCAGAAUGUCUAGUUAAUACUGACUGCCCUUCACACCAGGCAUGCAUCGCUGAAAAAUGCACUAAUCCAUGUGAGGGUUCCUGUGGAUUUAGAGCCGAAUGCAGAGUUCACGAUCACAUACCAAUAUGUAGUUGCCCAACAGGCUUUUCUGGAGAUCCGUUUAUACAGUGCUCUGAAUUUGUUAAUCCAACUCCUGCACCAGAUCUUUGCAAUCCAUCCCCCUGUGGAACAAAUGCAAUUUGUGAUGCCGGUAUCUGUACGUGUACUACUGGAUACUUUGGAGAUCCUUACGUAGGAUGUCGAUUAGAAUGCAGCACUAAUGGUGAAUGUUCUCCUACACGUACAUGUCAGGGAGGCAAAUGCGUGGAUCCAUGCCCUGGAGCUUGUGGAACUCGUGCUGUUUGUUCUGUCAAUAAUCACAUACCAUCUUGCUCUUGCCCACCCGGUACAUCCGGAGAUCCGUUUUCAUUCUGUACAGAAACGCGACAACCACCAGGGCCUCCACAAUCACCAUGUUCGCCGUCCCCUUGCGGUCCAUAUAGCGAAUGUAGUGUUAGUAGUAAUGGGGCUGCUGCAUGUUCGUGCCGUCCCGGGCACGUGGGCUCACCACCAUCUUGUCGGCCUGAGUGCCUCGUGAGUGCCGAGUGCAAGUUGCAGUUGGCGUGUAUUGACCGUAGAUGUCGCGAUCCUUGCGAUGGCGCUUGUGGACGUGGUGCUCGAUGUCAAGUCGUAGCACAUUCACCAAUUUGCACUUGCCACGAUGGGUUAACUGGCGAUCCGUUUACAUACUGCUAUCCUGCACCAGUGAGUGUACCACCGGAAGACCCAGAGCCAUGUCAGCCAUCGCCUUGUGGACCAAAUUCAAUAUGUAUAAAAUCAGGAGAAACACCGGCUUGCAGUUGCCAACCAGGAUUCAUAGGAACUCCACCAAAUUGCCGACCUGAAUGUACAAUCAGUGCCGAAUGUCCAGCGGCUCUUGCCUGUGUGAAUCAGCGAUGCAAGGAUCCGUGCGUGCAAGCAUGUGGCCCAAGAGCUGUAUGCUCAGUGGUAGAUCACCGUGCUUCUUGUGUCUGCGAACCUGGCUUCGAAGGAGACCCAUUCCAGGGUUGUACACCACCACGAGCUCCUCCUAUGAAUGAAUAUCUCAAUCCCUGUGAACCUUCUCCUUGUGGGGCAAACGCUCAGUGCAAGGUACAAGGAAAUGCGGGAUCUUGUACAUGCCUAAAUGAUUACACCGGAGAUCCAUAUCAAGGUUGCAGACCUGAAUGCGUAGCUGACUCUGAUUGUCCUUUAACGUCCGCAUGUACCAAAAACAAAUGCACUGACCCAUGUCCUGGAGUGUGUGGAUAUAACUCAGAAUGCUAUGUAACAAAUCAUAAACCUGUAUGCCAAUGUAACGCAGGUUAUACAGGAAACCCAUUUUCAAUGUGUUCCCUGAUACCGGAUCGUGACAUACAAGCAAUAGACAAAUGUAGUCCAUCUCCGUGCGGCGCUAAUGCGAUUUGUAAAGAAGUUAAUGGACAGCCUGUGUGCUCAUGUUUAACGAACUAUAUAGGAAGUCCUCCGAACUGUAAACCAGAAUGUGUUGUGAAUUCGGAGUGUAAAACAAACAGAGCAUGUGUUAAUCAAAGAUGUGUAAAUCCUUGCCCGAAGCCUUGUGGGCAAAAUACAGAUUGUAAAGUAAUAAAUCAUAGUCCAGUAUGUUCAUGUCGUCCCGGAUACUCUGGAAAUCCGUUCAUGGCAUGUGUGGCUGUGUCAUACAAUCCACCGAAUUACCCGCCAACAGACCCAUGUAUUCCGUCACCAUGUGGGCCUUAUGCAGAAUGCCGCAGUAUCAAUGGUUUACCUUCGUGUACUUGUUUGCCUUCGUACACCGGCUCACCACCAUUCUGUAAGGCGGAAUGUGUCAUAAAUUCUGACUGCCCCAGUGACAAGGCUUGUGUAGCUGAAAAAUGCCGAAAUCCUUGUGAAGGCUCAUGUGGUCUCUAUGCAGAUUGCUUUGUUAACAAUCAUGUACCAGUAUGCUUGUGCCCAGAUGGAUAUUCUGGAGAUCCAUUCCAACAAUGCACAUUAAAACCAAUUCAAGAUGUAACCUCAUCACAUCCAUUCAAUCCAUGUGAACCGAGCCCGUGCGGUCCAAAUACCUUAUGCAACAAUGGAAUUUGUUCAUGUGUGACAGGUUAUCAUGGGGAUCCCAAUUUAGGGUGUCGUCCAGAAUGUGUUUAUAAUACAGAUUGUCCUUCUGCGAAGGCAUGCCAAAACAACAAAUGCGUUAAUCCGUGUAUCGGAACUUGCGGAACGAAUGCAGUUUGCGAAGUCCUUAACCAUAUACCAAUGUGCACUUGCAUGAAAGGUAUGAGUGGAAACGCGUUCGUGGAAUGUAGACAAACGCUAGUUGCACCGGCAAAUCCAUGUAAUCCAUCGCCAUGUGGACCUAACAGCCAAUGUCGUCAAGCAAAUGGACAAGCUAUAUGCUCUUGCGUGCCUGGUUUUAGAGGAAGUCCUCCAACUUGCAAACCAGAAUGUGUAGUCAGCUCUGAAUGUUCUCUGAAAGAAGCUUGCAACAAUCAAAAAUGCGUUAAUCCAUGUAUCGGAGCUUGUGGAGUUGCAGCAGUUUGUGAUGUUAUCAAUCACAAUCCUAUUUGUACAUGCCCGCCAUCAUUUUCAGGCGAUCCAUUCAUUAGAUGUACAAUUCGAUUGGCAACCGAGGUUGAAGUUAAUCCAUGUGAACCGUCACCUUGUGGACCUAAUUCCGUCUGCAAAAUUACGGGAAACAGCUUUAUAUGUGCGUGUAAACCUGAAUUCAAGGGUAUUCCACCUUAUUGCCGACCAGAAUGUAUCAGUAACAGCGAAUGUGCUUACAAUCUCGCAUGCCAGAAUCAAAAGUGUGUGGAUCCUUGUAUCGGUACUUGUGGCGCAAAUGCAGAAUGCCGGGUUGUGAGCCAUGCACCUAUGUGUAUAUGCCAACUGGGUUAUAUCGGUGAUCCAUUUUCAUACUGCAGUCCUCAGACACUACCAGACACUACAGAAGUAUUAACGCCAUGUAGCCCUAGUCCAUGUGGGUCUAAUGCCCGCUGCAGAGAGCAGAAUGGCGUUGGCGCAUGUCAGUGCUUAGAUGGCUAUUCCGGUAAUCCAUAUGAGGGGUGUAGACCAGAGUGUGUUGUAAAUUCAGAUUGUCCACUCAAUAGGGCUUGUUCUGGUAUGAAAUGUGUAGAUCCCUGUCCGGGUACAUGUGGAUUGAAUAGUUUCUGUCAAGUAACUAAUCAUAUGCCGAUCUGUACUUGCCAACAAGGUUACACCGGGAACCCAUUUAGCCACUGCACAAUCGUAGUGGAAUCACCUCCAUCAGAAAUUUCUCCUUGUAAUCCUUCACCAUGCGGAGCCAACAGCCAAUGCAAAGAUAUAAACAGACAAGCAGUUUGCUCUUGUUUACCAAACUUUGCUGGAUCACCUCCAAAUUGUCGACCAGAAUGUGUCGUUAGCUCCGAAUGCCCGUCAAACAUGGCGUGCGUGAAUCAAAAAUGCUCCAACCCCUGUGUUUCCGCGUGUGGUGAAAAUGCCAACUGCAAUGUCAUCAACCAUAGUCCCAUCUGUGUAUGCAAGCAAGGCUUGACAGGGAAUCCAUUCACUAGAUGUUAUCCAUUGAUAGUAUCACAACCACCACUUCCACCUGCGAGUCGCGACCCAUGUCUGCCGUCGCCUUGUGGUUUAUAUGCAGAGUGUCGUGUUAUUGGAGGCGCUCCCUCGUGCGCAUGUCAACCAACUUAUACCGGAAAUCCACCCAACUGUAGACCAGAAUGCACAAUGAACUCAGAGUGCUCAAGUAACCUAGCGUGCAUGAAUGAGAAAUGCCGUGAUCCUUGUCCGGGAGCUUGUGGCCUCAACGCUGAAUGUACUGUAUACAACCACAUAGCUCAAUGUGGUUGCUUGGAGCGAUAUUCGGGUGAUCCAUUUAUCCAAUGCUUGUUAAUGCCAGAAAGUGAUGAUACCUUUGAUGCCAACCCCUGUAACCCGUCGCCAUGCGGGCCAAACGCAGAAUGCAACAAUGGCAUCUGUACAUGUAUUGCAAAUUAUCAGGGUGACCCAUACUUUGGAUGUAGACCAGAAUGUCUUAUGAGUAGCGAUUGUCCCCAGACCAAAGCUUGUGUACAAAAUAAAUGCGUAGAUCCUUGCGUUAGCACAUGUGGCCGUAAUGCAAUAUGCAAUGUGUAUAAUCAUAUACCGAUGUGCACAUGUUUGCAAGGAUUUUCUGGGAAUGCUUUCUUAGAAUGCAGACCUGUGAUUGUCACUAACAUUGUAGAACCAUGUAACCCAUCACCUUGUGGGCCCAACAGCCAAUGUAGAAGUAUAAAUGGUCAAGCUAUAUGUUCAUGCGUUCAGGGAUACCGAGGAGCGCCACCAACUUGUAGACCAGAAUGUGUUACUAGUGCAGAAUGUAGCCUUAAUCAAGCCUGCUCUAAUCAGCUUUGCAUUGAUCCAUGUAAAGGAACUUGCGGAAUUUCAGCACAAUGUCAGGUUAUAAAUCAUAAUCCUAUCUGCACUUGCCCUUCUGGUUUAACAGGGGAUCCAUUUUCAAGAUGUGUGAUUAGGGAAGAGGUACCGCCGCCAUAUGUGAAUCCGUGCGAGCCAUCACCGUGCGGCCCUAAUUCUAUAUGUAAAGAAAUCAGUGGUUCUCCGUCCUGUGCUUGCCAAGACAAUUUUAUGGGUUCCCCACCAAAUUGUCGGCCUGAAUGCAUUGCUAAUUCAGAAUGCCCAAAUCAAUUGGCUUGUAUUAAUAAUAAAUGCAAGGAUCCUUGCCCUGGUUCUUGUGGAACAGGUGCAGAAUGUCAAGUGAUCAGUCACGCUCCGCAAUGUUUGUGUCCGCCAGGCUUUACAGGAGACGCUUUUAUAGCAUGCAGAAUUCUAGACACUCCUCUACUACCUUGUUCACCCUCACCGUGUGGAGCUAAUGCCGUAUGUAAAGAGCAACGAGGUGCUGGAGCAUGUAUAUGUCUACCCGAGUAUUUCGGUAAUCCGUACGAAGGUUGUCGGCCUGAAUGCGUGGUAAAUUCAGAUUGUGCCACCAACUUAGCAUGUAUUCAAAAUAAAUGUAAAAAUCCUUGCAACAACAAUUGUGGCUUUAAUGCGCAAUGUAAUGUUGUCAAUCAUGUGCCAACAUGUGAAUGUAAUUAUGGCUUAAUUGGCAACCCUUAUCAACAGUGUUACGAAAAAAUCCAAGAUACACCCGCUAUUCAAAAAAAUCCUUGCGUACCGUCACCAUGUGGACCGAACAGCAUAUGUAAAGUGUCCAACGAUCAAGCAGUGUGCACAUGCAAUCCAGGAUAUUUAGGAACACCGCCUGCAUGUAGGCCAGAAUGCGUCACAAGCUCUGAGUGUAACCAGCAGCAAGCGUGCAUAAGACAGAAAUGUACCAACCCAUGCACCGGCGUUUGUGGACUUAACACAGAAUGCAAAGUUAUAAAUCACAGCCCUAUUUGUUCCUGUCAACCAACCUAUACCGGUGAUCCGUUCAGUCGAUGUUAUCAAAUUCCAACUGCAGAUGUCAUUGUUCCAAGCAAUCCAUGUAUGCCUUCACCGUGUGGUCCUUUCUCUGAAUGCCAAGAUGUUAACGGCGUGCCGUCAUGCGCUUGUUUGCCACGAUACACUGGAAGUCCUCCGAAUUGUCGCCCUGAGUGCACACUUAAUUCUGAUUGUGCAAGUGACAAAGCUUGCAUUAACGAAAGAUGCGUGGAUCCCUGUCCAGGCUCAUGUGGCAUAAAUGCAAUCUGCAGAGUCCAAAGUCACUUAGCAAUUUGUACUUGUAUAGAAAACUACGAAGGCGAUCCCUUCAAUGAAUGUUCUGUCAAAGUGCAAAAUGAUCUUGUACCAAAUGAUCCGUGCAACCCUUCUCCCUGUGGUUCUAACACUCUUUGUAAUAAUGGAAUAUGUACCUGCAUAGCAGAAUACAAUGGUGAUCCUUACUUCGGAUGUCGCCCUGAAUGUACCAUCAGCUCUGAUUGUCCAAUGGAUAAAACAUGUGUCCGAAACCGUUGUGUCGAUCCAUGUGUUAAUACGUGCGGUACAAAUGCGCUUUGUCAAGUGGUUACUCACAUGGCGGUCUGCUCAUGUCCACCUCAAAUGACAGGAAAUGCUUUUGUACAAUGUGAUCCUGUUAAAGCACAACCACCCAAAAACCCAUGCCAACCUUCACCCUGUGGCCCUAACAGCCAAUGCAGAGUAUUUAGUGAUCAAGCAGUGUGCUCAUGUUUACUUGGUUACCGAGGUGCACCACCUUCGUGCCGGCCUGAAUGCGUUUCCAGUUCCGAUUGCCCACUUGACAAGGCCUGUAGCAACCAGAAAUGCAUAAAUCCUUGUCAAGGCACAUGUGGAGUGGGUGCUCAGUGCCAAGUGAUUAAUCACAAUCCCAUAUGUUCCUGCCCAUCAUCCAUGACGGGUGAUGCUUUUACAAGAUGCAUACCGAUGCCGGCUCAACCACCAUUGCCUAUCAACCCCUGCCAGCCAUCACCGUGUGGUCCCAAUUCCAUAUGUCAGCAAACUGGUGGAAAUAUACCGUCUUGUCAAUGCAUGCCCGCAUUUAUUGGAACACCGCCAAACUGUCGUCCUGAAUGUAUUGCUAACAGCGAAUGCGUUCCACAAAUGGCGUGCAUUAACAGAAAAUGCCAAAACCCAUGUUUAAGUGCCUGCGGAAUAAACGCAGAAUGUCAAGUUGUUAGUCACACAUCUAUAUGUAUAUGUCCGGAGGGCUAUUAUGGCGACGCGGCAGUGCAGUGUACUCCUCAGUCAUUGAUACCAGUGGUUCAGUUAUCUCCUUGUUCUCCUUCUCCGUGUGGGCCCAAUGCUGAAUGUAGAGAGCGUUUAGGUGCUGGUGCCUGUGUUUGCAUUACAGGGUACUUCGGUGACCCAUAUGAAGGAUGCCGUCCCGAAUGUGUCGUAAGCACGGACUGUCCGAGCCACAGAGCUUGCACUAGAAAUAAAUGUAUAGACCCAUGUCCGGGAACUUGUGCACCGAAUGCUGAAUGCCAAGUCGUAAACCACUUGCCGUUGUGUACAUGCCCGUCUGGCUUUACCGGUGACCCUUUCAGACAAUGUGUCCGACAAUCUGUGGUAAACUUACCUCCUCCAACUCCAUGUCAACCUUCUCCAUGUGGGCCUAAUAGUCAAUGUCGCGUAACAAAUGGCCAGAGCGUGUGUUCUUGUUUACCUGAAUACAGAGGUUAUCCUCCAAAUUGUAGACCAGAGUGCGUAGUGAAUUCAGAAUGUCCGUCUGACAAAACAUGUAGAAAUCAGAAAUGUGAAUCACCUUGUCCGGGACCGUGUGGAAUAAACGCAGAUUGCAGAGUUGUAAACCACAGCCCAAUAUGCACGUGCCAAAAUAAGUACACGGGAGAUCCAUUCUCUAGAUGUUACUUGUUCACAGCACCGGCAAUAUUCACGCCUGAGCAAGAUCCAUGCGUACCCUCACCGUGCGGCCCCAAUUCGCUGUGUAGAAAUUUGAAUGGUAUUCCUUCAUGCUCGUGUUUACCAAAUUUUGAAGGCAGUCCUCCUAACUGCAAGCCCGAGUGCACAAUUAAUGAAGAAUGUCCCAGUAACCUAGCAUGUACCAACCAGAAAUGUAGGGAUCCAUGUCCUGGCUCAUGCGGUCUAAACGCAAUAUGCCAGGUCGUCAAUCAUUUUUCGGUUUGCUCGUGCAACCAAGGGUAUACAGGAAAUGCUUUUACGCAAUGUAAUCCCAUUCCCGUUCAAGAACAUGAUGAUCCAUGCAAUCCUUCGCCGUGUGGUGCAAAUGCAGUAUGCUCAAACGGCCAAUGCAGCUGUAUCGCGGAAUUCCGUGGCGAUCCUUACGUGGGAUGCAGGCCCGAAUGCAUGCAGAGCUCGGACUGUGAGAAAAAUUUGGCUUGUUUGAAAAAUAAAUGUAAGGAUCCCUGCCCUGGCACCUGCGCUGUUAACGCUAUAUGCACUGUGGUUAACCAUAUACCGAUGUGCUCUUGUCCUGACAGAAUGACUGGAAACGCACUUGUAGAUUGUCGACCUGUUUUAGAACCCGUUAUUACAAAUCCCUGUCAACCAUCCCCGUGUGGACCAAACAGUCUGUGCAGGAAUGUAAAUGGGCAAGCCGCCUGCUCGUGCGCUCCGAACAACAUUGGGUCACCUCCUUCUUGUCGCCCGGAAUGUAUCAUUAGCGCUGAGUGUACACUCAACCAAGCUUGUAGUAAUCAGCGUUGUGUCAAUCCGUGCAUUGGAUCCUGUGGAGUAAAUGCAGAAUGUAAAGUUGUGAACCACAAUCCAAUUUGCUCAUGUCCCGCAACCUACACAGGGAAUCCGUUCUCUCGAUGCUUUAAAACAACGUAAGUAAUAAAAACCGAACAAAUACCAGAGCCCGUUAAUCCAUGCACACCAUCACUAUGCGGACCUUAUUCUUUAUGCAAAGAAGUUAAUGGAGCACCAUCAUGCACCUGCUUAGACGGUUACCAGGGGUCAGCCCCGUAUUGUCGACCUGAGUGUAUCAGCAGCGAAGAAUGUUCCCUACACCUGUCAUGCAUAAAUAACAAAUGUGAAAAUCCAUGUGAGGGCGUUUGUGGUUCCCAUGCCGAAUGUAGAGUUGUCAGUCAUUCGCCUAAUUGUAUAUGUCCGUUCGAAUAUACGGGAGAUCCGUUUGUGGCAUGUCACCCAACUCCACUUCAAAUCGAGCCUCCUGCAACUCCCUGCUCACCUUCACCUUGUGGUGUAAAUGCCGUUUGCAGAGAAAGAAAUAGUGCCGGAUCAUGUUCCUGCUUAGAAGGUUAUAUUGGGAACCCGUAUGAAGGCUGUCGUCCAGAAUGCGUUGUUAAUACUGACUGUCCACUAAAUGAAGCAUGCUUAAACAAUAAAUGUGCUGACCCAUGCCCGGGCACCUGCGGCACGAAUGCAGAUUGUCAAGUGGUGAAUCACUCCCCUCUAUGCACAUGCAUAAGUAGUUACACGGGGGAUCCAUUUAGGUACUGCGUUUAUCAGGAACCCCACGUGCCACCACCAAAGGUUGAUGUUUGUUAUCCAUCGCCUUGCGGGCCCAACAGUCAAUGUAAAUCAGUUAACAAUCAGGCUGUAUGUUCCUGUCUGCGGGAGUAUGUGGGUUCACCACCUAAUUGCCGACCUGAAUGCGUCGUUAGCACAGAGUGCCCGCACGAUAAGGCGUGUGUCAACAACAAGUGCAUAAACCCAUGCCCAAAACCAUGUGGAGUCAAAGCUAACUGCAAAGUGGUUAACCAUAGCCCUAUAUGCUCUUGUAAAGCAUCUUACACAGGAGACCCGUUUACAAUUUGCACUUUUGUCCAAUAUGAUGUCCAACCACCAGUUUCUGAUAAUCCUUGCGUUCCAUCUCCUUGUGGUCCUAAUGCAGAAUGUCGUAACAUACAAAAUACGCCAUCGUGCUCGUGUAUGGACAACUUUAUUGGUAGUCCACCCAACUGCAGACCUGAAUGUACUAUCCAUUCUGAUUGUCAAAGUGAUCGUGCGUGUAUGAACUCAAAAUGUCAAGAUCCUUGCCCGGGAGCUUGCGGAGUCUACGCCACAUGCAAUGUCCUAAAUCAUAUUCCUAUAUGUACCUGCAAAGAAGGAUACAUUGGAGAUCCAUUCACGAGCUGCAGAGUAAAGCCUUUGGAAGAAAAACCUCUUAUCACCGAUGCUUGUGCUAACGUGCGUUGCGGUUCAAACGCAGAGUGCGUAAGCGGUCAGUGCCAAUGUUUACCACAAUUUCAUGGAGACCCUUACUUUAACUGCCGUCCUGAGUGUGUUUAUAGCACCGAUUGUGACCAAAACAAAGCUUGUGUUCAGAGAAAAUGUGUCGACCCUUGUGUUGGUGCUUGUGGCCAAAAUGCCAUAUGUACUGUAGUAAACCAUAUCCCCAUGUGCAGCUGCAACAAUGGUUUCACUGGCAAUGCAUUUGUACUUUGCAACCCAAUGAGAGCACCAUCGGUGGAAAAUCCAUGUAGUACGGCAGUUUGUGGACCAAAUAGUCAAUGCAGGGAAAUAAACAAUCAAGCUGUUUGUUCUUGUCUGCCUUCGUACCUAGGCAUCCCGCCAGCCUGCAGGCCCGAAUGUGUAGUAAAUUCGGAGUGCUUACAGAACCAAGCCUGUAUGGGACAGAAAUGUGUAGAUCCAUGCAUUGGAGCUUGUGGGCUAAGAGCAAUUUGCAAAGUUAUAAAUCACAAUCCUGUAUGCACAUGCCCACCAUCAUACUCAGGCGAUCCAUUUGUACAGUGUACUUUAGUGUUCAGUACGCCUGAGGUUGUGAACCCAUGUCAACCGUCGCCUUGUGGCCCUAAUUCAAUAUGCCAGGAAGUUAAUGAAAGUCCAUCGUGUAUAUGUAUGCCUAAUUACAAGGGCCAACCACCCUACUGUAGACCAGAAUGUAUUAGCAAUAGUGAAUGUGCGUCACACUUGGCAUGUGUUAAUCAGAAAUGCAGAGAUCCAUGUGUUGGGGCCUGUGGAUCGAAUGCUGAAUGUAGAGUUGUCAGCCAUUCAGCAAUGUGCGUAUGUACACAAGGUUACAUUGGUGAUCCCUUCUCUCAAUGCACGUUGCAACCCUCAAUUGAAAUAUUAAGACCUUGCACGCCCUCGCCUUGCGGUUCGAAUGCAGUAUGCAAGGAACAAAAUAAUGUGGGCUCAUGUAUGUGCAAUGAAGGCUAUUUUGGAAACCCAUACGAAGGAUGUCGUCCAGAAUGCGUGACUAAUUCUGACUGUCCCGGAAAUAAAGCUUGUAUUGGAAACAAGUGCCAAGAUCCAUGCCCCGGCACAUGUGGAAUUAAUGCGGAAUGUUCAGUCAUUAAUCAUUCUCCUAAUUGCGUUUGUAUUGCGGGAUACACUGGUAAUGCUUUACGCAUCUGUAAUAUUUCUCCUCAAGAUACACCUAUAAGAAACGUAUGCUCCCCUAGCCCAUGCGGACUGAACAGCCAAUGUCGCGAUAUUAAUAAUCAGGCUGUUUGUAGUUGUUUACCCGACUACACCGGCGAACCGCCUUCUUGCAAACCUGAAUGUUUAUUAAGCUCUGAUUGUGCAUCAGAUAGAGCGUGCAUCAAUAAAAAAUGCGUCAAUCCUUGUCCUGGACCUUGUGGCCAGAAAGCAGAAUGCAGAGUAUUCAACCAUAAUCCUAUUUGUAGCUGUUUAUCAGGAUUUACUGGAGACCCAUUUACAAGGUGUUAUGCAAAGCCAGUGCACACACAGCCGACGGUCGCGGAAAGAGACCCGUGCGUACCUUCACCUUGUGGUAUAUAUGCAACUUGUCGCAACAAUGGCGGGCAAGCAUCUUGCUCGUGUUCUCCAGGAUACUUUGGAAGCCCUCCCAACUGCCGGCCAGAGUGCGUUACCAAUCAAGAUUGCGUUAGUUCUCUUGCGUGCAUUAACGAAAAAUGCAGAAAUCCUUGUCUUGGAGCAUGCGGGCAAAACGCACGUUGUUCCGUUUUAAAUCACAUUUCUAUGUGCACAUGUAUAGAAGGAUUCAAAGGCGAUCCUUUCAGUGCUUGCUAUAUGAUACAAGAAGAUCCUACACCAACGGAUUUAUGUAUUCCAUCGCCUUGUGGUUCAAAUGCAGAGUGUAAUAAUGGAAAUUGUAGAUGUUUACCUGAAUACGAUGGAGAUCCUUAUAUUGGUUGUCGGCCACAGUGUACCAUAAGUACGGACUGUCAAAGAAACCAAAUUUGUAUCAACAAAAAAUGUGUAAAUCCAUGCCCCGAUACUUGUGGUAGCAACGCAAUAUGCGAAGUCAUCAACCAUGUACCCAUGUGCAGUUGUCCACCAGGUUUCACUGGAAACUCGUUCGUUACAUGUAAUGCUGUUCAAACGCCAUUACCAACAAUGCCAUGUAAUCCGAGUCCUUGCGGUCCGAAUAGUCAAUGCCGGGACAUAAAUAACGUUGCGGUUUGCUCUUGUCUCCCUGGCUUUUCGGGUAAUCCUCCCACAUGCAGGCCCGAGUGCACAACAAGCGCGGAAUGCCCAUUGAACAAGGCUUGUAACAACUACAGAUGUUUGAAUCCAUGCAUCGGAGCUUGUGGUAUACGAGCACAUUGCCAAGUUGUCAACCAUAAUCCCAUUUGUUCUUGUCCAAACGAACUCACGGGAGACCCAUUCUCCAGGUGUAUCCCGAGACCACUCGAAAUCCCACCUCAAGUUAAUCCAUGCCAGCCUUCACCGUGUGGGCCCAACGCAGUUUGUCAAACUAUAAAUGAUUCACCAUCGUGUUCUUGUCUGUCACAAUUUAUCGGAUUACCACCCAAUUGUCGCCCCGAAUGCUCUAGCAACAGCGAGUGCUCUAAUAAUUUAGCGUGUAUUAAUAAUAAGUGCGCUGAUCCUUGCAUAGGUGCGUGUGGUAAGAUGGCUGAAUGUAGGGUUGUUAGUCAUACGCCGAACUGUGUGUGCCCUCAAGGAUAUAUGGGUGAUCCAUUUGUUUUGUGCCGUGUGCAAAUUGAUAUUGAACAACCGUCGCAGCCCUGUACUCCGUCACCUUGCGGAAGCAAUGCGGUGUGUAAGGAACGAAAUAACGCUGCUUCGUGUGUUUGUGCAUCAGGAUAUUUUGGAAACCCUUACGAAGGAUGUCGACCUGAAUGCUCUGUUAAUACCGACUGUCCAUCUAAUAGAAUAUGCCAGCAAAACAAAUGUCGAGAUCCUUGCCCUGGCACUUGUGGAGUAAAUGCCCAAUGUCAAACGAUUAAUCAUUCUCCGACUUGUACCUGCUUGCAAGGAUUUACUGGAAACCCAUUCCAAAAUUGCGCCCCGAUACAACCUGAAGAACACAUAAAUCCUUGUUCUCCAUCCCCGUGUGGUCCAAACAGUGCCUGCAAAGUAAUAAACGAUCAAGCUGUUUGCUCUUGCAAGCCCGAAUAUCAGGGAUCUCCACCAAAUUGCAGACCGGAAUGCAUUAUCAGUGCCGAAUGUCCGACAAAUAUGGCGUGUCUUCAUCAGAAAUGUACAGAUCCUUGCAUAGGCCAAUGCGGACAGAAUGCUAGAUGUCAUGUUAUAAACCAUAGUCCUAUAUGUUCCUGCAUUGACCGAUAUACCGGUGAUCCUUUCAGCCGCUGCUACUUAAUGACUGUUCCGGUGGAAUUUAAACCCCAGGAUCCAUGCUUACCUUCACCUUGCGGACCAUUCAGUCAGUGUAGAGAUAUAGGUGGUAUCCCGUCAUGCACUUGUUUGCCUACCUAUAUAGGCGCUCCACCGCAAUGUCGACCCGAGUGUACAAUUAAUUCGGAUUGUCCUAGUGAUACAGCAUGCAUCAAUAAAAAAUGCAGAGACCCUUGCCCAGGAUUAUGUGGCCUAAAUGCACGUUGUACAAUUAAAAACCACACUCCCAUAUGUACGUGCAUCGAUAAUUAUGUCGGCGAUGCCUUCACUGAAUGUAAAUUACAAGUUCCAUCUCAGGACGAAAUUGACCCUUGCAAUCCUUCACCUUGUGGAGCAAAUGCAGUAUGCAAUAACGGAGUGUGCACAUGUAUCCCGGAAUAUCAAGGAGAUCCAUACUUUGAAUGUCACCCUGAAUGCAUUUUGAGUUCUGAUUGUUCUCAAGACAAAGCAUGUAUGCGUAACAAAUGCGUUAAUCCGUGUAAUAGUGGUAUAUGCGCGACCAAUGCAAUAUGUGAAGUUAUCGGACAUAUACCGAUGUGCCGAUGUCCUGAAGCUAUGACUGGGAAUGCGUUUAUUCAAUGCACACCCAUAGAAGUUGUUAGGCCAGAGCCGUGCCAACCCAGCCCUUGUGGGCCUAAUAGUCAGUGCCGCAAUAUUAACGGACAACCAGUGUGCUCUUGCAUAACAGGAUUUAUCGGAAGUCCGCCAUCAUGCAGACCUGAGUGUACUGUAAGCUCCGAUUGCUUACCUGACGAAGCCUGUAGUAACAAUAAAUGUAUUAAGCCAUGUCAAGGCGCUUGUGGAGUAGCGGCAAUAUGUCAAGUAAUCAAUCACAAUCCUAUAUGCUCUUGCCCAACUUCAUAUACUGGUAAUCCAUUUAUAAGAUGCAUCGCCCAGCCGUUUGAACAGGAACCAGUUAAUCCUUGUAUUCCAUCACCCUGUGGGCCUAACUCGAUAUGCAAAGAAACCUCAGGAUCACCUUCAUGUUCCUGCCAAGAAGGAUUUAGUGGAUCUCCGCCUUACUGUAAACCAGAAUGUAUUAGCAACACAGAAUGCCCUACUCAUCAAGCUUGCAUCAAACAAAAAUGUGUAGAUCCGUGCGUCGGUUCGUGUGGAGUGAAUGCUCAAUGCCACGUAAUCAGCCAUUCUACGGCAUGCUCUUGCUUACCAGGAUACACAGGAAAUCCAUUCUUUGAAUGUCACACACAAUUGCCAGAGCAAGACUUUACAUCUCCUUGUCAACCGUCUCCGUGUGGCGCUAAUGCAAUUUGCAAAGAACUGAAUGGUGCUGGAUCAUGCACUUGUCAACCGAAUUAUUUCGGGAACCCAUAUGAAGGAUGCAGACCUGAAUGUUUAAUUAAUACUGAUUGUCCAUCGAACAAAGCCUGCUUACAGAAUAAUUGUCGUGAUCCAUGUCCAGGCGCGUGUGCACCUAACGCUUUGUGCCAAGUGGUCAAUCAUGCUCCACAGUGUUCUUGUCAAAGAGGUUUUACUGGCGAUCCGUUCCGCUACUGUGUACCUGAGAUUCAAUAUGAUACACCCAAAGAUGUAUGUCGACCAUCACCUUGUGGACCAAACAGCAGAUGCAAAGAAGUGAAUCAGCAAGCUGUGUGUUCCUGUUUAUCCGAAUACAUUGGAACACCUCCAGGAUGCCGCCCAGAAUGCACUACUAGUGCCGAAUGUUCCAAAGACAAGGCAUGCAUCAAUCGAAAAUGUCAAGAUCCAUGCAUUAAUGCGUGUGGAAUAAAUUCUGAUUGUAGAGUUAUUAAUCACAGUCCAAUCUGUCAAUGUAAACCAAGAUAUACAGGAGAUCCUUUCCAAAGGUGUUCGCCUAUACCUCCACCAGUUGCAAAUGCUGAGCUAGAGCCAUAUAGGAAUCCAUGCGUACCGUCACCUUGUGGGCCUAAUGCAGUAUGCCACGAUAUGGGAAAUAUACCCUCGUGUGCAUGUAUGCCGACUUAUGUUGGCAGUCCACCUAACUGCAGACCAGAAUGUACUAUCAAUUCUGAGUGUCCUACAUCUCAAGCAUGCAUCCAACAGAAAUGCCGCGACCCUUGUCCUGGUUCUUGCGGGAUUAGUGCUAUAUGCACUGUGACUCAACACAAUCCAAUAUGCACGUGUUCUGAAGGUUAUGCCGGCGACGCAUUUACAUCCUGCGCUCCUAAACCACCAGUUUAUAGUGAUAUUGUCGACAAAUGCAAUCCAUCACCAUGCGGAACCAAUGCAAUUUGUAACGACGGUAUAUGCACUUGCAUAUCUGAGCAUCAAGGAGACCCGUACGUAGGCUGCCGACCCGAGUGUGUCUUAAGCACUGACUGUCCAAGAGACAAAGCGUGCUCAAAAAAUAAAUGCGUUAACCCAUGCGUAGGCACUUGUGCAACCACUGCUAUUUGUGACGUCAUCAAUCACGUGCCUAUGUGUAGCUGUCCUCAGGGAAUGACAGGAAAUGCAUUCUACGACUGUACGCUAAUAAGUCAAGUGUCCAUACCGACAAACCCUUGCCGACCCUCUCCAUGUGGUCCUAACAGUCAAUGCCGAGAAAUUAAUGGACAAUCAGUCUGCAGUUGCGUAUCAGGCUACAUUGGUAGCCCUCCGCUAUGUCGACCAGAGUGUACAGUCAGUUCAGACUGCCCAUCGAAUAGAGCCUGCAGUAAUCAGAAAUGCAUCGAUCCUUGUGCGGGAGCCUGCGGAGUCGAAGCAAAGUGCGAAGUAGUGAAACACAACCCGAUAUGUACUUGUCAAAGAAUGUACACGGGAAAUCCAUUCGUACGAUGCGUACCCUUCGCUCCCACGCAAGAUCCUGUAGCUCCAUGCACGCCUUCGCCGUGUGGCCCGAACUCUAUAUGUAAGGAUGCUUCAGGGACGCCUUCGUGCACUUGUAUGCCUAAUUUCUUUGGAUCACCGCCAUAUUGCAGACCUGAGUGUUCUAGUAACAGCGAAUGCCCAUCCAACAAAGCCUGCAUCAAUUCAAAAUGUUCUGACCCAUGUGUCAAUGCAUGUGGUACUAAUGCGCAAUGCAGAACAAUAAGUCAUUCGCCAAUGUGUUUCUGCGAUAAUGGUUUUACGGGCGACGCCUUCUUCAAUUGCUAUGUUCAAGAUGUAAUACAAGAAAUACCAACUCCUUGUGAUCCAACACCUUGUGGUGUUAAUGCAGUGUGCAAAGAAUUGAACUUCGCUGGAUCUUGUACUUGUCUGCCAGACUAUAUAGGAAAUCCAUAUGAAGGAUGUCGACCCGAAUGUACAGUUAACACUGACUGUACGUCAAACAAAGCUUGCAUACGCAAUAAAUGUCAAGACCCUUGUCCAGGCACAUGUGGAACGAUGGCUUCGUGUAUUGCCGUUAAUCACUUACCAUCUUGUACUUGCUUACCUGGAUUUACUGGUGACCCGUAUCGGCAGUGCCUUAUUCAUAAUGAACCUACACCGGAACUUGUUACGCCAUGUGUACCAAAUCCGUGUGGACCAAACAGCGUCUGUCGGGCAGUAAGUGGACAAAGCGCUUGUUCGUGUAUGGCUAACUACAUUGGUUUGCCACCUGGUUGUAGACCUGAGUGUACCGUUAGCUCGGAAUGUUCCACCAAUAGAGCAUGCAUUAAUCAGAAAUGUGCUGAUCCAUGCCCUGGACGUUGUGGUUUAAACUCAGACUGCAGAGUUAUUAAUCAUAGUCCUCUGUGCUCGUGUACGCCUGGAUUCACAGGCGAUUCAUUUACUCGAUGCUAUCCGCAACAACCAUUGCAAUUGCCACCAGAACCGACGAAAAACCCAUGUGUCCCAAAUCCUUGUGGAGACAAUUCAAUUUGUCGCGAAAUAAAUGGGGGUCCAUCUUGCAGUUGUAUGCCACAAUAUCAAGGACAGCCUCCUAAUUGUAGACCUGAAUGUGCUAUUAACCAGGACUGCCCGUCUAACAUGGCAUGCAUAAAUAUGAAGUGCCGUGAUCCAUGUCCAGGAAGCUGCGGAGAAAACGCAAUAUGCACAGUCUUUAACCAUUCUCCGUCUUGCACGUGCUCUCAAGGUUAUAGUGGUGAUUCGUUUGUUGCCUGUAGGCCAAUUCCACCGAAAAGAGAUGAAUUACCAUCUGAUCCUUGUAAUCCUUCACCGUGUGGUAUCAACGCCCAAUGCAGAAAUGGGGAAUGCACGUGCAUUAGUGACUAUCAGGGAGACCCAUAUUUCGCUUGCAAACCCGAAUGCGUAUCGAGUACAGACUGUGCUCCGGACAGAGUCUGUUCCAGGAACAAAUGCAUCAAUCCAUGCCCCGCAAUGUGUGCAGCAACCGCUCAAUGUAACGUUUAUAAUCACAUACCAAUUUGUACAUGUCCAGAAGGUACUUCAGGAAAUGCAUUUACUGGAUGUCAUACAAUCACAGUUUCUUUGGUCGAACCGUGUAAUCCAAGUCCAUGCGGUCCGAAUAGCCAAUGCCGUCCAAUCAAUAACCAGGCAGUAUGUUCUUGUUUACCUACGUUUAUUGGGAACCCGCCAUCAUGCCGACCGGAAUGCACUAUCAGCGCCGAAUGCCCGCAGAAUGAAGCUUGCAACAAUCAUAAAUGUAUCAACCCGUGUGUUGGCGCUUGCGGCUAUGCAGCUAAAUGUGAAGUUAUAAAUCACAACCCGAUAUGUUCAUGUCCAAACCAAUAUACAGGAAAUCCAUUUACACAAUGCACUCCAAUACCUGCCACGCCAAUACCGCAGGGAGACCCAUGUACGCCUUCUCCAUGUGGACCGUAUUCGGUUUGCAAAGUGAUUGGAGAGUCGCCAUCAUGUACAUGUCAACCAGAUUACUUAGGCCAACCUCCCAAUUGUCAUCCAGAGUGCGUCAGUAAUUCAGAAUGUAGAAGCGAUUUAACAUGCAUUAAUCAAAAAUGCAAAAAUCCCUGUCCGGGUAGUUGUGGAUAUAAUGCAGACUGCAAAAUUAUUAGCCAUGCUAUGGUCUGCACCUGUCCUUUCGGCUUAUCUGGAGAUCCUCUUGUUUCCUGUAAUUCUAUUCCAGAUUCCAUCGUAUAUGAUUCUCCUUGUGAGCCAUCGCCGUGUGGACUUAACGCAGAGUGUUCUGAACGAAACGGAGCAGGCGCAUGCAGAUGUAUUGAAUCGUACGUCGGUAAUCCAUACGAAGGAUGUCGCCCAGAAUGUGUUAUAAAUACAGAUUGCUCACCCAUAUUUGCUUGCAUUCAAAACAAGUGCAAAAAUCCGUGCCCUGGUGUAUGUGGAUCAAAUGGCAUUUGUCAAGUUGUGAAUCAUCUACCCACAUGUUAUUGUCCUCCAGGACUAACAGGCAAUCCAUACUCCUACUGCGUACCACAAUUGGAAGAUGAAAUUAAACCGGCGCCGUGUACUCCAUCACCAUGCGGACCGAACAGUCAAUGUCGAGAGGUGAACUCUCAAGCAGUAUGCAGCUGCUUAUCUGAAUUUAUUGGUUCUCCACCAAAUUGCCGGCCGGAAUGCACGAUUAAUAGCGAAUGCCAGACAGAUAAAGCAUGCAUAAAUCGCAAGUGUGUUAAUCCCUGUGUUGGUCAAUGUGCUAGAAAUGCUAAUUGUAGGGUAAUAUCACAUAAUCCGAUAUGCUCUUGCCAAGAACGGUUUACUGGAGAUCCAUUCACCAACUGUAUACCAAUUGUAGUGUCGAUUUCACCGCCACCUACAGAAGUCAACCCGUGCAUCCCAUCGCCGUGUGGACCGAAUUCAGAAUGCCAAGUAUACGGAGGCAGCGCUCGAUGCACUUGUUUACCGAACUACAUAAGUUCACCACCUCGAUGCAGGCCGGAAUGUGUGACCAGCGCGGAAUGCAGUGCUGCAACUGCUUGCAUUAACAGCCGCUGCGCGGAUCCAUGUCCCGGAGCUUGUGGUAUCCGUGCCCAAUGUAGCGUCGUUAACCACCUGCCGAUCUGUUCAUGUACACCUGGCAAUACUGGGGAUCCGUUCGUUGCCUGUCACGAUAUGCCGCCCGAAGAUCCAAUAGAUCCGUGUUCUCCCUCCCCAUGUGGAUCUAACGCAGUCUGCCGAGAUGGCACAUGUACAUGUUUACCUGAAUAUCAAGGCGAUCCUUAUUUCGGUUGCCAUCCUGAAUGCGUUUUGAACACCGAAUGUCCACGUGACAAAGCAUGUAUAAAUAAAAAAUGCAAGGAUCCUUGUGUUGGAACAUGUGGCAGCGGCGCUAUUUGUGAAGUUUUCAAUCAUAUUCCUAUGUGUUCUUGCCCACCGGGCUAUACCGGGUCGCCAUUCUCGUACUGUACUGGAGUAAUUAACAUGACAACCAACUUAUGUCAGCCGUCCCCGUGUGGUCCCAACAGCCAGUGCAAAGAAGUAAAUGGAAACGCGGUGUGUGUUUGCAUUCAAGGCUACAUAGGUAGUCCUCCAAAUUGUCGACCAGAAUGUACAAUAAGCGCCGAAUGUGCGUUAAAUCGAGCUUGCUCUAAUCAAAAAUGCAUUGAUCCAUGCCCAGGAGCAUGCGGUCGUAACACUCAAUGCACAGUGGUGAACCAUAAUCCAGUGUGUACUUGUUUGGCUGGAUAUUCCGGUGAUCCAUUUUCAUAUUGCCAAUUUAUUCCUCCAGCACCGCCAGUGAAAGUAAAUCCAUGCCUACCGUCUCCUUGUGGACCGAAUUCGCAAUGCAAUGAAAAUGGUGAAAAUUACGUUUGCACAUGCUUACCCGAAUUUGUUGGUACACCACCCAAUUGUCGACCCGAAUGUACUAGUAACACUGAAUGUGCUUUGAACAUGGCAUGUAUCAAUAGGAAGUGUGUUGACCCUUGCAUCGGCUCAUGUGGCGAGAACGCCGAAUGUAGAGUUGUAAGCCAUACACCGAUAUGCUUAUGUCAAAAUGGAUAUACUGGUGAUCCGUUCCUGACAUGCACUUACCUUGAAGUUGUUGCUACGGAACUGGAACGCCCUACACCGUGCGUUCCUUCUCCAUGCGGUGUCAACGCAGAAUGCCGUGAACAAUACAACGCCGGGUCUUGUACUUGCCUAGAAGGUUAUUUCGGAAAUCCAUAUGAGGCCUGUAAGCCAGAAUGCAUACUUAACUCGGACUGUCCGGCUAAUCUAGCUUGCCGAAAUAAUAAAUGUUAUGAUCCCUGCCCUGGUACUUGCGGUCUAAAUGCGCUAUGCAAUGUAAUCAACCAUAUUCCUAGCUGCUCUUGUUCAGACCAACAUUACGGGGAUCCUUACAAAAUAUGCAUAUUUAAGCUUCAAUCUGAUAUACACGAUCCUUGUGAUCCAUCACCAUGCGGGCCUAAUAGUCAAUGCAGGUCUCAGAAUGGGUUGUCUAUCUGCACAUGUUUAGAUGGAUACCAAGGAUCACCUCCAAUGUGCCGGCCAGAAUGUUUAACCAGCUCCGAAUGUCCCAUGGAUAAGGCCUGUGAAAACCUUAAGUGUAUCAAUCCAUGUCCGAGGGGCUGCGGUGUUAAUUCAGACUGCAAAGUUAUUAAGCAUAACGCCAUUUGUACAUGCAGACAAGGUUAUACUGGAGAUCCGUUCUCACAAUGUUACGUGUCUCCAAUACCAGAACGGCCGCCCACGGAUCCGGUUAACCCUUGCAUACCUUCGCCAUGUGGUUCGAACGCCUUAUGCCGUGACAUCGGUGGCAUCCCUUCGUGUACAUGCAAUGUUGGAUACCUUGGCAGCCCACCGAACUGCAAACCGGAAUGUGUUGUUAAUGCCGAUUGUAGCAAUGACAGAGCUUGCAUAAACAUGAAAUGUGAAAAUCCAUGUUUAGGUUCAUGCGGACUGAAUGCUGCAUGCAAUGUGAUCAAUCACGUGCCUAUGUGUUCGUGUCUAGAAGGAUAUCAAGGAGAUCCGUUUGCCAUUUGCAAUCUUAAACCCUCAGAACCCCCGCAAAAGGCAGAUCCUUGUAAUCCAACACCGUGUGGGGCUAAUGCUCAAUGUAAUAACGGCAUAUGUACAUGUCUCGCUGAAUACUCCGGCGAUCCAUAUUUCGGUUGCCGUCCUGAGUGCGUCCUGAGCUCAGACUGCCCUCUGGACAAGGCCUGCGUGCGUUCCAAAUGCGUUGAUCCAUGCCGAAAUAUGUGCGGUGUUAAUGCCGAGUGCAACGUUUACAAUCACGUUGCAGUAUGCAGUUGCCCGGCUAGUAUGACUGGUAAUGCUUUCAGCCAAUGCAACAUAAUCGAAAAGCCAACAAAUAGACCUUGUGAACUUUCUCCAUGUGGGCCUAACAGUAACUGCAGAGAAAUUAACGAACAAGCAGUAUGUGCAUGCUUACCAAAUUAUAUUGGAAAUCCACCUAAUUGUCGCCCGGAAUGUAUUCAAAGCUCAGACUGUACUCCAUCGCGUGCAUGUAUUAAUCAAAAAUGUGAAGAUCCAUGCCCGGGAUCAUGUGGAAGUAAUGCUAUCUGCAAUGUUAUAAAACAUAAUCCUAUCUGCAGCUGUCCUGACAGAUACACUGGUUCUCCGUUCUCCCAUUGUUAUGUAUUUGUUCCUGAAGAACCACCACCGUCUGACCCAUGUGUACCUUCUCCAUGCGGACAGAAUAGUAUUUGCAAACCAACUAACGGCGGUUCAUCUUAUGUAUGUACAUGUCAGCCAACAUUUGAAGGUACUCCGCCACAGUGUCGUCGGGAAUGUACAAGCAAUGAUGAUUGUUCAAUGGACAAAGCAUGCAUAAACUAUAAAUGUAAAGACCCCUGUCCAGGAUCUUGUGGACUCAACACAGUAUGCAUUGUACGGCUGCAUAGUCCCAUGUGUUCUUGCGAAGAAAGUUAUACUGGUGAUCCCUUCACAGCAUGUCACAGAAUAUUAGGUGAACCGAUAGACCCAUGUAAUCCGACGCCGUGUGGUGCUAAUGCCCAGUGUAAAGUUUCAAGAAACCAAGCUGCUGCAUGCAUAUGUGAUCCAGAUUAUUAUGGAAAUCCUUACGAAGCAUGCAGGCCCGAAUGUGUUACACAAACAGAUUGUCCUUACAACAAAGCAUGCUUAAAGAAUAAAUGUGUUGAUCCUUGUCCCGGAACGUGUGGUGUUUCAGCCCUGUGUCAAGUUAUCAACCACAUUCCAUCAUGUAGUUGUACACCAGGAUACACUGGAAAUCCUUACGCAUAUUGCCACAUUAUAAUCAACACUCCGGAACCAACCAAAGAUCCUUGUGUUCCAAACCCGUGCGGAAGCAGUUCAGUUUGCAAUAACAACAAUGGACAUGUGGCUUGCUCAUGUCAGCCCGAUUUUUUGGGAACUCCUCCAAAUUGUCGACCUGAAUGCACUGUAAACUCGGAGUGCGAAACUACAAAGAGUUGCACAAGGCAGAAAUGUAUUGACCCAUGCACAAAUGCUUGUGGACAAAACGCUGAGUGCAGAGUAGUCAACCAUGCUCCUAUUUGCUCUUGCCGACCAGGUUUUGAAGGAGAUCCGUUCGUCAGAUGCGUAGUAGUUGACAAAACUCCACCACCUGAAGUGAACCCAUGCGUACCAUCUCCCUGUGGACCAAACGCUCUCUGCCAAAUUGUAAACCAAGCACCUGUGUGCACUUGUAUUAACAACUACAUCGGAACACCUCCAAACUGUAGGCCUGAAUGCACAGUAAACUCAGACUGUCCCAGUACUAUGGCUUGCAUGAAUCAAAAGUGUCGUGACCCUUGUCCCGGCUCGUGUGGACUACAGACCGUGUGUCAAGUUUAUCAACAUGCUGCUGUAUGUAGCUGCAAAGAAGGUUUCACUGGGAAUCCUUUCCAGAACUGUUACAUCCAAGAACAUAUAGAACCCCAACCAACUGUAUAUGACAAAUGCAAUCCCAGCCCUUGUGGAGCUAACGCUGACUGUAGAGAUGGCCAAUGCACCUGUAGACCAAAAUAUUUCGGCAACCCCUACAUGAGCUGCCAACCCGAAUGCACACACAAUUCUGACUGCGCGCCACAUCUCUCAUGUAUUAAUAAUGAGUGUAAAAACCCAUGCGCAAAUAUUUGUGGUCAAGGUGCCGUUUGCGAAGUUUAUAAUCACAUACCAAUGUGUAGUUGUCCUUCUAAUACAACAGGAAAUGCAUUCUUCUCUUGCACUCCUAUUACAUCAAUACCCAUCAGAAGAGACCCUUGCACGCCUUCACCUUGUGGACCAUACAGCGUAUGUCGAGCAAUAAAUGAGCAAGCAAUUUGCUCGUGUUUAAUGGGAUACAUUGGCGCACCACCUGCGUGUAGGCCGGAGUGCACUGUAGAUUCAGACUGUACAAGUUUAAUGGCCUGCUCCAAUCAAAAAUGUAAUAAUCCUUGUGCAGGCUCUUGUGGCCUUAACGCUGAAUGUAGAGUGCACAACCACAAACCGAUAUGCUAUUGCCCUAAUGGCUUUACUGGUGAUCCAUUCACCAGAUGUUCUAUUGUUGUGGACCGUGAUCAACCACCAAGAGAGGCUCCAUGUGAACCAUCGCCCUGUGGUCCUAAUUCCAUUUGUCGAGCCGUAAAUGACGCGCCGUCCUGUUCCUGCUCUACAGGUUUCAUUGGAACACCUCCAUUCUGUCGCCCUGAAUGCGUCACAAACAGUGAAUGUACUUUCGAUAAGGCGUGUAUCAAUAACAAAUGUGUAGACCCAUGCCCGGGUGCUUGUGGACAAAACGCCAUAUGCCGCGUCAUCAGCCAUUCACCUCAAUGUGUUUGCCAACCAGGAUACGAAGGAAACUCCUUUGAUCAAUGUCUACCAAUCAAAGUACCAGAUCGGAAACCACCCAUCUCAACUCAACCGUGUGUGCCUAAUCCUUGCGGGCCAAACGCGAUUUGUCAAGAGCGUAACGAUGUGGGCAGCUGCACAUGUCUUAGUGGUUACUUCGGUAAUCCAUAUGAAGGUUGCCGGCCAGAAUGUUUAAUUAACUCUGAUUGUCCAGAAAAUCUCGCAUGCACAAAUAACAAAUGUCAAAAUCCAUGCCCUGGCUUAUGUGGAUCAAAUACUCGGUGCGAAAUGGUCAAUCAUUAUCCUAUGUGUGUUUGCCUCGAUCGAUAUGUGGGAAAUCCUUAUGAUGGUUGCAUCUUAAAAGAAGAAUCACCUAUUGAUCCUUGCACCCCAUCCCCUUGCGGAGCGUACAGCACAUGCAAAGCAUUGAAUGGUCAAGCUAUGUGCACAUGUUUACCACAAUAUUUCGGCAGCCCUCCUAAUUGUCGACCUGAGUGUGUAACGAACCCAGAAUGCCCUCCAAAUAAAGCUUGCAUAAGACAAAAAUGUGUAGAUCCAUGCAUUGGAACGUGCGGAGAAAAUUCACAAUGCCGAGUACAUUAUCAUAGUCCUUAUUGCACCUGUGCUCCUGGCUUUGAAGGAGAUCCAUUUGUUAGAUGCACCAAACCAGUAGCAUCUCCACCACCAAAACCACCUGUAUGUGAACCUAGUCCUUGCGGUAGAUAUGCUACAUGCAGAGACGUUGGUGGGUCAGCUAUUUGUAGUUGUUUGCAAGGUUACACCGGUGCGCCACCAAACUGCGCAACCGAAUGUACGAUUAAUGAAGAUUGUUCCAAUGACAAGGCAUGUGUGCGAGAAAAGUGUGUCGACCCAUGUCGUGGGUCCUGCGGGACAUUUGCUGACUGUCGAGCAAUGAAUCAUCUAGCUAUUUGUACAUGCCCAGUCGGUUAUAGCGGCAAUCCGUUUGUCAAUUGCUAUCCGUUUAAAGAACCUCAAAAAGAUUUAACGCUAGAUCCAUGUGCGCAAUCUCCAUGUGGAAUCAAUGCAAUUUGUUCUAACGGUUCUUGUUCAUGUAUCCCCGGAUAUCAAGGAAACCCCUUCAUUGAAUGUCGACCUGAAUGUACAAACGAUAAUGAAUGCUUGAAACAACAGGCCUGUAAUAACUAUAAAUGUGUCAACCCAUGCAAGAAUGCUUGUGGCUUCGAUGCAGUUUGUAACGUUUACAACCACAUUGCGAUUUGCGAAUGUCCCGUUCCUCUACAAGGUGAUCCAUUUAUUGCAUGUCGCCCAAUCAUAGCUCCAACGGUAACUGACCCAUGUACUCCAAAUCCCUGCGGUCCAAACAGCAUUUGCCGAGCACAGGGCACCGUGGCGCAUUGCUCUUGCCGGCCACCCGCGCUUUCCGAUCCGACCAGUUGCCGCCCCGAGUGCCGCGCCGACUCCGACUGCCCAGCAGAUCGCGCCUGCCGAAAUAAUAAAUGUCGCGACCCUUGUCCUGGCGUAUGCGGCCUCCGAGCUCUUUGCCAAACUAGAAUGCAUUCGCCCAUUUGCUCUUGUCCAAUAAACUUCAUUGGAGAUCCAUUUGUUCGUUGUUCACCAGCGCCCACAGACGUAGAGUCUAAGGUUAUCUCACGAUGUCCCGACUGCGGGCCGAACGCAGAAUGCAUCGAUGGCCAAUGUCGAUGCAGAACAAAUUACUUUGGAGCGCCUCCUUUCUGUCGCCCUGAAUGUCUAAGCUCCAGUGACUGCGAAUGGCACCUCACGUGCGUCAAUCGUCGCUGCAUGGAUCCUUGCCCCGGCGCGUGCGGUCGUGGCGCCAUCUGUUCGCCUAUCUCCCAUGAACCUCGCUGCGAAUGUCCCCCCUCUACCACUGGAAACCCUCUUGUUGAAUGUCGUCCAAUUAGUGAUAUCCAGAAACCAAAAGACGAUCCUUGCUAUCCGUCACCCUGCGGGCCUGGGGCGAUCUGUCGUUCAAGAGGCACAGGCGCAUCUUGCGAAUGUGAACCAGGUCUCCGUGGUGACCCGUACACGGGUUGCCGACCGGAAUGUUUGGCGGACUCUGACUGUUCACCGUCGCGCGCUUGCGUACGUUCUCACUGUCGUGACCCUUGCAUCGGCAGUUGUGGCAUAGGAGCAGAUUGCGAAACCUUUAACCAUCUACCAACUUGUUCUUGUCCACUGGGAACAAGGGGUAAUCCUUUUGUACGAUGUGAAGAAGUGCUCAAAUCGGUACCCCCGUGCGAUCCAUCCCCUUGUGGCCCAGGAGCUUUGUGCACUGCCGUCGGUGAAAAUGCGGUGUGCUCGUGUCCGCAAGGCACCAGCGGUGAUGCAGCCGCAGGCGGCUGUCGACCCGAGUGCGUCGUCAGCUCAGAGUGCCCGCGCGAUCGUGCUUGUGUGCGAAACCGGUGCGUCGAUCCCUGCAUCGGUGCAUGCGGCAACGGUGCAGAGUGUCGUGUCUUUGAUCAUGCGCCAAUUUGCUCCUGCCCACCACCAACAACUGGAAAUCCAUUCCUAGGAUGUAGACAGUUGGAUGUGCAACCUAGUAAGGGCCCUUGCGAUCCUAACCCAUGUGGACCGCACGGAACAUGCCGCAACGGUUUCUGCACCUAUCCGGAAUGUAUUGUUAACGAUGACUGCUCAGGAGACCGCGCUUGCAUUAAUCAAAAAUGUACUGAUCCAUGCGUAGGAGCUUGUGGAUUAAAUGCGAUUUGUUCAGGCGUGCGGCAUUCGGCAGUUUGCUCAUGUCCCAAUGGUUACACGGGUUCUCCAUUUGUACGUUGCGAACGGAUCAUCAUACCCACGCCCGCACCUGUACCAGAAUGCAUAAGAGAUGACCAGUGCGCCGACAAUGCCGCAUGUGUCGACUCUCGUUGCUCUCCCGUGUGCGGACCCUCAAAUUGCGGCCUCAACGCACGUUGCAUAGCUAGACAGCAUAGGGCUCGCUGUGCUUGCUUGCCAGGAUACGAAGGCGACGCCUAUACUGGCUGUUAUUCAGUGCAAUGUCACAGCAACAACGACUGCCCAUACGACGAGAGUUGCGAUGGCGGGUCUUGUGUAAAGGUGUGUCCGCGAAUUCGUUGUGGCACGGAGGCGCAUUGUGCCGCGCGUGGACACGUUGCUACGUGCGAGUGCGACAGCGGAGCUCGCGGUAAUCCGUGGACGGCCUGCCAUAGAGCCGAAUGUACGAUAGAUGACGACUGUGCUACGUGGCUGGCAUGCCGUGGAGGCACUUGUCAAAACCCUUGUCCCGGAGCUUGUGCGCCGGACGCGGUGUGUACUGUCACGCGCCAUUCACCUGACUGCGAAUGCCCGCGCGGUACUGUAGGCAUCCCGAACGUUGAAUGCCGACGAGUUGUUGAUGACGUGGAAUGUGAAACUGACGCUGGCUGUGGCCCCGAUUUUGCAUGCCUGCAAGGCAAAUGCAAGAAUCCUUGCGACGCUACCUCAUGUGGGAGAGGAGCUGUGUGCCGUGUCGCCAAUACUCUGCCGUUCCGAACACUAGUAUGCGAAUGCCCCACACCACUAACGGGUGACGCGUCCGUCCAAUGUAGUCCAAGAGGCGAAUGCAACGAAGACUCAGAAUGUGGGGACGAGGAGAAGUGUUCCUCAAAGCGCUGCGUUCCAGUGUGCGGGCCUGGCGCGUGCGGCGUGGGCGCCGAGUGCCGCGGCCGUGCGCAUCGCGCCUCCUGUACCUGCGUGCCACCGUUACAGGGCGAUGCACGAGUCGCGUGUUUGCCAGGCCUUCCAGAUGUUCAAUGUACAACAGAUUCAGAAUGCGGCUCCGCGGAAGCAUGUGUAAAUCGGCAAUGCGUCUCAGCGUGCGCUGGAGCGUGCGGCACCGGCGCCUUGUGCGAAGCCACACAUCACCGCGCGCGCUGCCACUGCCCGCCCGGAACAGCCGGAGACCCAGCCCGCACUUGUUAUACACCCGAGUGUACAUCCGAUGACAAUUGUCCAUUCGACAAGACCUGCAUUAACGGAUACUGCCAAGACCCAUGUAUACUGGGAUCACCUUGCGGUCGGGAUGCAACGUGUGAGGCCAUCGCUCACGUGGCUACGUGCCGCUGCCCGGCGGGAACGCAGGGCGACCCACGACGAGCUUGCAUCUCCGCCGUUUGCCACUAUAACGAGGACUGUGAUGAUACGCAGAUCUGCGAUCGGCUCAAUAGAAUUUGCCGCCCCGCUUGUUCCGACAGCGUUUGCGCGCCUGGAGCACUAUGUACAGCUCAAAGACAUCGUCCGAUCUGCUCGUGUCCACCAGGGCGCUCCGGUGAUCCUUACUCGCUUGGUUGUGCCUCUUACGACGUCGGCCCCGAAUGCACAAGCGACUCCGAGUGCUCGGCUCCACUGGCGUGCGUUAACACUCGCUGCGUAGAUCUCUGCGUGGGCAACCCAUGCGAAACCGGGCUUGUGUGUAAAACGGUCGAUGUUUUGCCAUUACGCGCUGUGGCUUGUGUCUGCCCGGAUGGAGGACGUGUGGCCCCCGAUAGUGGCUGCCGCGCGCCACCGGAUGCAGAGUGCUCAGCAGACUCAGACUGCGCCAAUAGUCAAACUUGUCGCCGCGGCAGCUGUGUCGAAGCUUGCAGAGCUGACCCGUGUGGACUUAACGCCCUUUGCGAAUCUAUCGACCAUGCCUCCCGUUGUUCAUGCCCACCUGAAUACACUGGAAACCCGAGAACGGAAUGCAACUUAGAACCCAGACUGCCAUCUAUAUGGGAAUGUUAUAACGAUGACGAAUGCGGCCCAGAGCGUGCCUGCGAGGAUCGUCGAUGCGUAAACCCAUGUAGCUCUGCGUGUGGCGGAGGCGCACUGUGUCGAGUUAUUGACCACAAGGCGGAAUGUUCUUGCCCUAGAGGAUUCUCAGGCGAUGCUCGCGUUAGAUGUCAACCACCAUCAGACGUCCAAGUGGUUCCCGUGGGAUGCAAGGCCAACUCGGACUGCCCCCUGUCACAAGCGUGCAUAAAUGGCGCUUGCGCUGAACCGUGCGCGUGUGGAUCACAUGCAGCGUGCAAUGUUGUACGACACCAUCCCGUAUGUUACUGCGAAGAGGGCUACUCCGGCAACCCCUAUAUCGGAUGCACUAAAGUUGGAUGUUCAUCAGACUCUGAAUGUCCUGACAGCGACACAUGCUACAAUGGCGCUUGCGUCAAUCCUUGUAUUGUUGAGGCUCCAUGCUCCAUAAGCGCCGAAUGUUUCGGUAGAAAUCACCGAGCUAACUGUCGCUGUCCAGCUGGCACAAAUGGCAAUCCAUACACCAGAUGUCAACCAGUUGAAUGCGAAAUAAAUGCCGAUUGCAACGAUGACAGCGUUUGCAUGAAAGGAGUUUGCCGACAUGCCUGUUCUACAGAAGGACGCAGCCCUUGCGCAAGUAAUGCAGAGUGCUUCGCACGAAACCACGCUGCAUCUUGUAAGUGUCCUCCAGCACUUCCUAUAGGUGAUCCUCUAACACACUGCGAAAAAGUCAUCAUUGGACCAGAAUGCAUAAUGGACAGUGAUUGCCCAAGUGGCCAAGCAUGCCUCAGAGAUCAAUGUCGUGAAGCUUGCUCAGAAUUACAACCAUGCCAGGCUAAUGCAAGAUGUACAGUAUCUGAUAGUGUACCUUUCCGCACAUUGAUAUGCCGUUGUGCUGAAGGCUAUAUUCCGGAUGUCGGCGGCGCCUGCAGACCUACACAACUGCCUGCGCCUAGUUGUUCAUCUGACGAUGACUGCAGCGAUAGUGAAUCAUGCGUUAACAGGAUUUGUCGAAACCCAUGUAAUUGUGGUGAAAAUUCCGAAUGCUUUGUACGCAAUCAUCGUCCGGUAUGCUCAUGCCGCGAGGGCUUUGACGGAAAUCCUUAUCAAACUUGCCGCACUGUUGGUUGUCGAUCCAACUCAGAAUGUGAAUCAAAUCAAGCAUGUGUAAAUGGAAAUUGUGUUAGCCCAUGCUUAUUGAACAGUAACUGUGGACCAAAUGCUGAUUGUUACGUCGAAAGAAACCAACCACUUUGCCGCUGUCGACCUGGAUUCGAAGGAGAUGCGUAUGAAGGAUGUAAUGCGAUAGAAUGUAGAUCAAAUGGAGAUUGUCCUCUAGACAAAGAAUGCCGCGGCCACAGAUGCAUUAAUCCAUGUUAUUCAAAAACUAAUUGCGGAACCAACGCAGUUUGCUUAGUGCGCAAUCAUAUCGCAGUUUGUAAAUGUGAACAAGGAUUUAUUGGAAGCCCCUAUGUAGAAUGUAAACCUGAAAUUAUAGCAGAAUGUUUCGUUGAUGCAGAUUGCCCACCAAAAUCAGCGUGUUUAUCAACAAGAUGUGUUAAUCCUUGUUCAGUACUUAAACCAUGCGCCUCACCGGCGCAUUGUGAAGUCUCACCCACAUUGCCUGUUCGCACUAUGAUCUGUACCUGUCCACCUGGUUACAUCAGCAGCGGAGGAGGCUUAUGCCGCCCAUUCACUACUUUCUCGGACGUCGCUUGUGAAAUUGAUACUAACUGCACGUCUAAUCACGCCUGUAUAUCUGCAGUUUGUCAGAAUCCAUGUGAAUGUGGUCCGAACACAGAUUGUCAGAUUAAGAAUCAUAAGCCAGUAUGCGCUUGUCGACCAGGAUUCAUCGGCGAUGCUCGCACUGGGUGCUACGAUGUUCUUUGCCGAUCAGACUCACAAUGUUCAGAUGAUGAAACUUGCAUUAAUAACCGCUGUAUUCCAGCUUGUUCAGUGGACGGCGAAAUAUGUGGAGCAUCGGCAGAAUGUUACGGAACCCACCAUCGAGCUUCCUGUCGUUGUAAAGUCGGAACUGCCGGUAAUCCGUCUAUCGGCUGUAUGCCUAUUGGAUGUAGGGCGAACUCGGACUGCCCGUCAGAUAGAUCGUGUGUUAACUCACAGUGCAUAGAACCCUGUACAGCAAACACCUGCGAACAACCUGCAGAGUGCAGGGUACAUCUUCACGUGGUGCACUGCGUCUGUCCACCCGGUUACCAGAGUACAGACCAAGGUUGCACUAAAACAACGGAACCACAGUGCACUACCGACUCAGAAUGUCCAGCAGGAACUGCGUGUCUGAAUGCUAAGUGUGUCGAACCUUGUCUCGAGACAAGCCCAUGUGGUAAUAACGCUGAAUGUAGAGUGGUCGACUCACUUCCUGUUAGGACAAUGAUUUGCGAAUGCUUACCAGGAUAUAGAGGAAAUGCUUUAGUGGAUUGCACGCCAAAUAUACCACCUACCGCGGUAUGCAUAGAAGGACAAGCAAUGGAUGCAAACGGUGAAUGCGUCCCAUGCCGCGAGUCAGAAGGCCGCAUUAUGGACUCACGCGGACGCUGCGUAUGCGACGCAAGUCGCGGCCUUGUUCUGCGUGGUGACGAGUGCCUGCCUAUUGCAGGCUGUCGCUCCGACACCGACUGCGACGACCGCGCCACAUGUCGCAACAGCGUCUGCAUACCGGCCUGCGAUGCUGAGCCCUGCGGGUCACACGCUAUCUGCACUGCACAGGGGCAUCGCUCCAUUUGCACAUGUGCCAACGGUUACACCGGAAACCCGAAGGAACACUGCAACGCUACCACUCCUAACUAUCGUACGGACUUCCCAUUACCGGACAUGCAAGUGCAUUGUCUCGCUGACGCUGUGAAAGUGAGCCUGAAGAUCAAGGACUUUAAUGGAGUUUUGUAUGUAAAGGGAUACAGCAAAGAUGAACGCUGUAGAUUAGUAGUACAUAUCGCCGAACCCGAGGAACUUGUUGAUUUCACUGUGCACUUCGGAGACUGCGGUUUGGUGCACGUUAAUGGCAUGGCCAGCUUCGUGCUUGUAAUGCAGAUUCACCCAACACUACUGACAUCAAACGCAAAGGCAUUCCACAUCAAGUGUAUAUACCAGACGGGUGAAAAGAACGUUACGCUGGCGUUCAAUGUGUCCAUGUUGACUACAGCUGGUACAAUCGCAAAUACUGGUCCACCACCCACGUGUUCGAUGCGUAUCGUCUCAAGGACUGGUGACGAAGUUAGCUCUGCGGAGAUCGGAGAGAACCUCGUCUUACAAGUUGAUGUCCAACCGUCAAGUAUCUACGGCGGUUUCGCACGCAGCUGUAUCGCGAAGACGAGCGAAGCAUCGACAAACGUGGAGAACGAGUACACGGUGACAGACGCGGACGGCUGCGCCACGGACGCCACCAUUUUCAACGAUUGGGAGCGCAGCGAGGACGGCAGCGCACUACGCGCCACCUUCAAUGCUUUCAAGUUCCCGAGCAGCGACAACAUACGCUUCCAGUGCAACAUACGAGUCUGCUUUGGAAAAUGUCAACCGGUCAAUUGCCGCGGCGCUGAUGCUUACGGCAAACGAAGAAAACGAGAAGCGAUCGAUACCGAUGGCCCUCUGUCGACCAGAGAGGACCAAAUUCGAGAAGAAGUUAAGGUCGAAUCGAACCAGAUAUUGACAUUAGAAAGACGCGAUCCGUCGCGUGUUGCGCGUCAGCGCGAUGCGUCCGGCGGCAGCGGUGACCCGGCGGUGAGCGCCGGCGAGGUGUGCGUGUCGGCGGCCGGGCUAGCAGUGGCGCUGGCGCUGACAGCGCUGCUAGCGCUCGUGGCGGUAGCGGCAGCCGUGGCGUGCUGGCUGGUGGCGUGGCGACGCGCGAGGCCUCCGCCCGCGCCGCUACCACAUCCGCCUGACUUCCCGAACCCUCUAUUCCAGCGCUAAGACACACUACUACUAGUCCUCGCCCCGCUCCUCCGCCGGCACUGGGCGGUGUCGGCUCCUUUCUUCUUACUCACUUAGCUUUAAUAUGUGCGCGCCGUCGGAGGACCGCCGGGCUAGGGCGCCGGGAGCGCCGCGCGGCAUCAAUCCGCGCCCCUCGCUCGCGCUACCAGCGCCCUUUUUAGAUUUAUAUUGUAUCUAUAUUAACGUAGAAUCGUCAAAUCCUUCGAAUUUUGUGAUAUUCAUAAAACAUAAUAUACACUGAAAGAAAUCACCAGAUUUUUAUGUAAAAUAAACUUAGGUUAAGUAAAAUAAACAAUUAAUAAAUA